GAAGCUGAGUAGCAACAGGGAGUCAGUAGUGGGGAUGGUGAGGCAAAAGACCCUGGGCCCAAGCACACAUGCAUAUUGUAUAAAGGUGCAAAGCCCUUCUUUCGCACCCUGUGAAACAAAAACGCACAGUUUUUUUAAAAAACUGAGCAACGGCCGCCCACCCACGACUCCCGAGCCUCCCCCGAUCAUUCAAAACAAAGGAGGAAGGGGGCAGGAGAUCUGUACCACCAGACGUCCCCAGUUCCCCUUUGGCAGUGGCAGCGGCAGCCUCAGCAGCCCGGAGCCAGCCUGGUAGUGCAGCUGGCUCUGGCUGGCUUCAGGAGCUGCUCGCUGCCCGCUGCUGUGGCACCCGACAUUUUUCCUCUCCGAAAGUCCCCAUAUGAUGUGUUGCACACAAGACACAUCAUAUGGGGACUUCCAGCGAGGAAAAAUGGCGGGUGUCAUGGCAGCGAGCAGCUUCUGAAGCCAACCAGAGCCAACUGCACUACCAGGCUGGCUCUGGGCUGCUGAGGAUGCCGCUGCCACGUUUCCCAGGAACAGAUUUGCAAAUCUGGGGACUGUCCCCGGGAACUGGGGAUGUCUGGUAACCCUAGUAAUUUCCACUGGACCUGAUGUGGUUGCUAGGUCACAGGGGUGUGGCCAAAUUGUUCUUGUUUUAUGCCCAUUCACCUUUGCAAAGAUCCUGCAGAUACUUAAGCAUUGCAGUUUUACAAACAGCACCUUACUAAACUGAAAAGUGCCAUACUUUAUUUCAGAAGGGGUCCUUGCUGUCACAGUUGCUUCUCCACUGGGAGAGGAAGUUGUGUGGCCUCCAUCUGUUGUGGUUCUCUCCCUAUCUUCUUCCUUUGCAAAGAAACAAGCAUUUCAGUUUUAUCAACGCCUAGUACCAAAGUGUCUUACCUUGGUUUAGAAGGGGUCACUGCUGUCACUGGAUCAUUGCUAUUCUAGACCAUACGCUACUAGAUUUUUGUUUCAUUUCUGCUGUAAGCCAUGGCUAGUCAGCACCCUUAGCCAUGGCUAGUUGGCAUCUGCCAACGAGGAAGCUCUGUUUGUAUUUACGUAAUAAGGUGUCUCUGCAGCUGUAAUGUCAACCUAAAAUAGAAACUUUUAAUCACCAGUCAGCCACAUGAUAAAUGGAAUCAUGGCUAUUCUACCAAAAUGGCAAGGAAAAAAACAACCAACCAGAAGCAACUGGCUCUAGCGUAAACAGAUGGUAAUCAUUGUAACGUUAAGGAAAUCCAGUCAAGAGACUAGAAUGGUUCCAGGCCUGAUUUCACACUGACAAAAAUAGAAGCCAAUGUUACACUCAGACAAGGAACAAAUUAACUAUUUUCUUGGGGAACUAUUGCUGCAUUUUAACAGAAGCCUAAGAUAGGCCUCAAAAGUUACAGAACUUCUUCUGAACUGCCCUAGAGGUUCACACUUCUCUUUCAGAUUAUUCCCACCUAGCCCCUGAGAUUUAUGGUGGGCUCCUGAGUCUACCAACUUAGUAGACCAGUUACAGAUCCUCCAAGUGCCCAUAUUUUCCAGGGAUGUGCCUGAUUUAGAGAAGCCAUCCCGGUUUCUGAAUUGUCCCACUUUUCCUUAGGAUGUCCCUAUUCUCAUUACAAAAAUGUUGGAGGGUAGGUAUGAAGUUAUCCAACCCCUGAGCAACCUGCAGUCAUUUCUGUAUAGGGAAGUUUUAAAAUGUUUAAUAUCUUAUUAUGUUUUUAUAUAUGUUGGAAGCUGCCCAGAGUGGCUGAGGAAACCCAGUAAGAUGUGUGGGGUGUAAAUAGUAAAAUAUCGGUAUGGAAUGGGACGUCCCUAUUUUCAUUAUCAAAAUGUUGGAGGGUAUGCAGUUAAUGCCAUUUAUUGAGCUGACGGUAAAAAUAAUAAUAAUUUUAUGUGUACCCCGCCCAUCUGACUGGGUUGCCCCAGCCAUUCUGGGCAGCUUCCAACAUAUAUAUAUAUAUAUAUAUAUAUAAACAUUAAACAUUAAUAAAGUAUUUAGAGUGCAUAGUCCAAACCCAAUAGAUAUAUUUGCCAGUAUAGGUUAAAAAAAGAGAAAAAGGUAAAGGACCCCUGGACGGUUAAGCCCAGUCAAAGGUGACUUAUAGGGUGCAGCGCUCAUCUCGCUUUUCAGGCCAAGGGAGCUGGCGUUUGUCCACAGACAGCUUUCCAGGUCAUAUGGCCAGCAUGACUACUUCUUCUUCUUCUUCUUCUUCUUCUUCUUCUUCUUUGGUGAUCACUCAUAGCCGAGUAAGAUUGUCUUCCAUAAACAUGGUUUUAACAAUGAGUCCCUUAAGUGACUGUGGAGGCCAAUUCUGGAUCCACACGUCCUUCCACAGUGGGGACAUUGGUUUCUGGGCGGGAGUUGAUCACGGUGUGGAUUUGCCAAGCAUGCCUUCCUCUUAGCACGUUUCUCCCUUGUGUCCUGAGUUUGAGUGUCUUCAAAGCCCAUGACACCUUGGGUAAAGGCUGUUCUCCAAUUGGAGCACUCGCAGGCCAGUGUUUCCCAGUUAUCGGUGUUUAUACCACAUUUUUAAAGAUUUGCCUUGAGACAGUCUUUAAACCUCUUUUGUUGACCACCAGCAUUACACUUUCCAUUUUUAAGUUCAGAAUAGAGUAGUUGCUUUGGAAGACGAUCAUCAGGCAUCCGCACAUGACCAGUCCAAUGAAUUUGAUGUUGAAGAAUCAUUGCUUCAACACUGGUGAUCUUUGCUUCUUCCAGUACACUGAUAUUAGUUCGCCUGUCUUCCCAAGUGAUGUGUAUAAAUUUUCAGAGACACCGUUGAUGGAAUCUUUCGAGGAGUUGGAGAUGGCGUUUAUAAGUGGUCCAUGUUUCACAAGCAUAUAGUAAGGUUGGUAGUACAAUAGCUUUGUAAACAAGCAUUUUGGUUUCCCUGAGAAUGUCCUGGUCCUCAAGCACUCUGCACUUCCAUCGGGAGAAAGCUGCACUUGCAGAGCUCAGGCAACGCUGAAUUUCGGCAUCAAUGUUGGCCCUUGUGGAAAGAUAACUGCUACUGGCACACGAAAGACCAUGACGAGUGCCAGAGAGCACAGAAACACUGUUUACCUUCCCACCUCAGCAGUACCUAUUUAUCUACUUGCACUGGCAUGCUUUCAAACUGUUAGGUUGGCAAGAGCUGGAACAGAGCAACGGGAGCUCAUCUUGUCGUGGGGAUUUGAACUGCUGACCUUCUGAUCGGCAAGCCCAAGAGGCUCAUUGGUUUAGACCACAGUGCCACCCACAUCCCUGUAUAAUGGGCCCCAGACCCCAGAAUUAAUGAGACACAAGGGCAAACCUGUUUACUUCAACCAACAUUUCUUAAUACAUUUUGGACUUAUCUUCAUUGCUCAGAUUUCCAAACGCGCUUUGAGAUGCAGCUAGGUAAUUGGAGAUGAAGUGGAGUUGUUGCUUCUUUGAGGGAUGCUGCAGAAAAUUUGUUUUAAAUAUUGGGUAUCAUACGACCAUCCACAGAAGUGAUUUCCAAUGUCAAACCCUCUACAAUUGUGGUUGUUGUACUCCAAGCAAUAAGCAUCAAUAUUUACUUCUCAUAAUUCUCUCUACUUUCAAGAAGCAAAAUAUUUCCUUACUGGCAGUCAUUACAGCAGAACACAACUGGAGAUGAAGUAGUUUCAAGCAAGGAACGUAGAUUUCUCAUUUCUUGAGGCAAGUUGAAACUGAGGAUCUUCUUCAGUUUUCUAACACGUGACUCCCUGGUAAACUUGAUUCUCUUCACUUGGUUUAAGUCCUUCUCCUGAUGGCCAUAGAAGGGAGGGGGAAAACUGCACAGCUAGGUAAAUUAUAGAAAAAUAUUCUGCAUGGAGGCAGAGGGGUGGUAGCUCCUGGCAACAAAAGCAAACCUUUCGGAUUGAGAUUGGCUGAGUGAUACAAAAAGCUAAUUGAUAGAAAAGUAUCUAGGACACCGUCUCUACACUGAAAUUGAUUACGGAAGGGUGUGGAGAACAGAAAGGAGUGUGGCUUUGAGAUUUUGGGGGAAACUUAAAAAUAAAUUACUGGGCACUUUACUUGGUACGGCGAAGUCCAGUUGCCCUCAUGGACCUGGGUCCACUGGAGUCAAUAGCGGAUCUUCUAAAUCUUUGUCCUUCUCGGAUCCAGGACAUAUAUUUAAUCCCAAAUGCAACCCAGAUCCACUGGCUUCUCAUAUUUGUACGUCUGUUUUUCUCUCUUUAGGAUGAUAGAUGGCAGGGGCUCUCUGCAGAGGGCUACUAUAAUGAACAAUGAACCAUCACUUAGCAUUGCCCCAAAGAGGAAAUAAAUCACCAGAAAAUGAGGACAGUUUUGUAUAAAAUGCAAAUUGAGAAAUAAAUGCAAAUUGAGAAAUGAUUACUGUAAUUCAAAUAGAAAUACAAUACAUCUCGCCAUCAUAGGGAAGACUGAGACAAAGUGACACGUUACUGCUUGCCUGGUGCUGUUCACUGUUAUUAGGCAACUCUUCCCUAUCUUUCAGCUGGACUUGGGCUAGGCAGCCCUUCAAACAGAGAACGGUCCUCUGUAAAGUAAGACACAUGGCCACCCUAAACUUACAACUCCCGUCAUCCCUGGCUAUUGGCAAUGCUGACUGGGGCUCAUGGGAGCUGUCAAUUGAAAAAUCACGUUUUUGUGGGGAAAAAGCUCGGGAUGUCCUGGUCUUUACUUUUUGAAAUAUGGUAGUCCUAGACUACGAGCCAAUCAGAGUUGAGCUGCGGGCUUGCCAAGCAGGAUUCAGUAGUUUGAAUCUGUGGAAAGGCUGCGGCCUACUGAAUACUCAUAUAUAUGAGCUGGAGAUAAUCUACUGCAUUUCCCUAGAAAAAAGAAACACCCAUUUAUCUCAUGAGGAGCUGGUUCAUAUUACUACACCCAUUUUUAUCAGCUGUCUUCGAAUUACACUUCAAAAUCUUUGUUCUCACCCGCCUGCCCCAAAUUCUUGUUGCGUUGCCUCAGGACUUAUGCUAAAUUAGUAUUCUUUCUCUGUCUUUCAUGCUCUGUGCUAACUUAUAUUUAAAACAGCGAGAUAGCACUUUGAACUGAAAUUAAACCUUAUGAAAAACACAGUUUUCAGAGAUAACAGGAACUUAAACCACCCAAUUCCCUUCCUGUUCCCUAGAUAAAAACCCCUUGCCUUUCUCCAACCCCGAUAAAGGAGAUAGUAUGAUAUCCCAGAGAGGACAUGAUCGCUACUUUUUAUUUUGCUGGCAUUUGAGAUUUUAAUUAGAUUACUGGUUAUAACCAGAAGGGAGAUAUGCAAGUGUUCCUGGUUCAAUUACAGGUUUCCAGGUUAUUCUGUUCAUUCAGAGGGAAAUGGUAAACAUUUAAAAGUGGAAUGGAAAUGGAAUUGACUUCUGCAGGUUUCAAGAAAAGGCAGGGGAGAGGCUCUUUGGGUAACCUAGAUUCAUCUUAAGCCAGGUUUAAUGUUCAACGAAUUAAUACUUAAGGCUGCAAUAUGAUAUCUCCAUUUACUCAGUAGAGUAAGCCCCAUUGAGCUCAGGACUUCCUUUUUUGGCUGCAUACAAUCCAUACAUUUAAAGCCCGUUUAGUCGUGUCCGACUUUUCAUGACCCCAUGGACCAGAGCACGCCAGGCACUUCUGUCUUCCACUGCCUCCCACAACUUGGUCAAACUCACGUUCAUAGCUUCGAGAAGACUGUCCAACCAUCUUGUCCUCUGUCAUCCCCUUCUCCUUGUGCCCUCAAUCUUUUUCCAACAUCAGGGUCUUUUCCAGGGAGUCUUCUCUUCUCAUGAGGUGGCCAAAGUAUUGGAGCCUCAGCUUCAGGAUCUGUCCUUCCAGUGAGCACUCAGGGCUGAUUUCCUUAAGAAUAGAUAGGUUUGAUCUUCUUGCAGUCCAUGGGACUCCAGCACCACAAUUCAAAAGCAUCAAUUCUUCGGCGAUCAGCCUUCUUUAUGGUCCAGCUCUCACUUCCAUACAUCACUACUGGGAAAACCCACAGCUUUCCCUAAAGAAUCAUGAGAACUGUAUUUUACACCUCACAGAGCUACAAUAACCCGCAUCUACACUUCCAAGAAUUCUUUGGGGGAAUUCAUGCGAUUUAAAUAUAUGGCGUGUACACAGCCUUAGUAGCAACAUUCUGGCUGCAUGAUUGUGUGUAUAAUUCUGUACAGAGCCCAUGCACAAACCAUCUCAGUGCAAGGCAGAGAGAAAAAUCCUAUUUCCAUAUGUCCCAGUUCAGAUACCCGAGGAAGAAAGUUACAUGUAUUUGGUUUCAGUCAUAGAAUAACUGAUGUCUGUUCUGCAUGGGCUACAUAUGAUAAAGAGGAUGGAGCAACCUUUCCCUAUGAGGAAAGGUUGAAUCACUGGGGACUUUUAAUUUAGAGAAUAGGUAAGAGGUGACAUGACAAAAUUUUUCUGCCUACAGAAAAGCUUUUAUCCCUUUCUCAUUACUCUAGAACUUAUGAACAUCCUCUGAAGCUGAAUGUGGAUUCAGGACAGAUAACAGAAAGUACUUCUUCAUUCAUCACAUAGUUAAAACUAUGGAACUCACUCCUACGCAGGACAAUGAUAACCACCACUUGGAUGGCUGUAAAAGAGGACGUGACAAAUUCAUAGAUGAGAUUUUCCAUACCUAUUAGCCAUGAUGGCUAUGUUCUGCCUCCAUAGUUGAAGGCAGUAAUGCAUUUGAUUCUCAGUUCCUAGAAACCACAGAAAGGAAGAGUGCUAUUGUACUCCAGUCUUUCUAUAAGGUUUACCACAGGCAUCUGGUUGGCCGCUGUGAGAACAGGGUGCUGGCUCAAUGGGCCUUGGGCCUGAUCCAGCAUGGGUUUUCUUAUGCUCUUACACUCUUGUGCACAGAGGAUGCACAUAUGACUGAUGGGGAUGCAAAUUGUCCCUCCCUGCUCAUCUGGGUGGUGGGCUGGGUUGAGAGGUUCAAACUUCCCAGAUCCCAUUCCCAGCACUGUGUCUACUUUAAUCCUCCCUCGUUUUGUUGCUGACAAAAUCAUUUGGGUUUUUUUUGGGGGGGGGCAGAAUUUUUUGUAUUAGGCUCCCAGACCAAGGAUUUGCCACGCCAGAUAAAAUAGGACUAGGCUGCGAGUCUCCCAUUGAAAUCAGUAAGGUGUUGACGCUGCAAUCCAGCGCAGAGACAGGUUUCAAUAGUUCACCUAACUCAGCAUAAAAUACUCAUCCGGCUCUUCCAAACAUAAAACUACGCCCACUCAAAAUACGUAUGAGAGAUCUGGGAUAAAAAACCAAAGUCUGCUUUAAUACCUAAUUAUGCUGUCAUAACUAAAAAAAAACCAUAAACCCAACAAGCCAAAGGUUUUCCAUAAUUAUGCUUUUUCCUGAUGCUUAUUUGUACAGGCGCGUGUAGGCUUUUUUUUUUGCAAAACGUUGUUUUCCGGGGUGCCUUUUUUCUGGUCUUUUUUCGUUGCCGUUCUUCAUUUCUGUAGAGAAUUGACGGCUGGAGGGGCGGCGGCCGCCGCGCUAAGCUCUCGGGAGACAGCUGGGAGAAGAGCGGAGGCACCACGUGACCCGCGCGUGCCGCAUUUCUUCCUCUAGCCUCGGCGGCGGAAGGCGAGGAUGCGCUCGCGACAAACCGCCGCUCCCUCCCUCCCUCCGUCAGAAAAGGAGCGUUUUCUCUAUCGCAAUGCGCGUGCGCGAGCAGCGGCCAUGCCCUCCCCGCCCCCUCUCUCUCCCGCCCCCCACCUUUGCUUCGGUUUACUAGUUGACGUCUCUGCCACGAGACUUGUCCGUCACGCGAGUCCCCUCCCCCUCACCCGCCGUAGAAAGAAAGAAAAAAGCCAAGCUCGGGCAACAACAGGGAGGAAAAGGCGCGGGCGGAUCCCAAUGGCCCGUGGUGGACGUCUCCUAGCUCUCUUCCUCUCAGGUGCCUCGCGGUUGCCGCCGCCGCCCUCCACUACCACCAGCGCGCAGGCGCUCCGGCGCGUGCGUCACGUCGCGAGCGCCCUCCGCCUCCCCGCUCCCCUCCUCGGCCGGGAGGGGGCACAGGCGCGCGAGGCCAAGGGGAGGAGAGAAAGUUGGAGCGCGCACGCGCAGUGGAGGCAGUCCUAUCCACGGCCGUCUAAGGAGGGAGGAGGAGGGUGGCGGCGGAGGCAGCAGCAGCGACAGCAGCACAACGACCCACAGCAGGUCAACUUGGCUCGCUCGCGGGAGGCCCUCGCCCCUUCUCUCUCUCGGUUGGGCCAGGUGCGGCCUGCUCCUCCCCAUCCUCCUCCGCCUCCUGGCUUCGGUCUCCGCCUUCUGUCACUGGGGGGUCGCCGCCUCCCCCUCAGUGCGCGCGCGCGCUGGGCCUCCCCCUUCGCCUCAGUAGCAGCAGCAGCAGCAGCAGCAGCAGCAACCUCCGCUGCCGCCGCCGCCGCCUCGUCGUUCUACUCAGCCACCUUCUCUUGCCGUCUCGCUGCCGCCGCCGCCGCCGCGAUGCCGGAGAAGCGGCCCUUCGAGCGGCUCCCGGGCGAGGUGCGCCCCAUCAAUUACGGGCUCUGCCUCAAGCCUGACCUUAUCGACUUCACCUUCGAGGGGAAACUCGAGGCCGCCGUGGAGGUAAACGCGGGGCUGGAAGUGGGCGAGGCGAGGGGAGGGCGCGCGCGUGUGUGUAUGUGUGUAAAGAUCUGAGGGUGAACGUGUGGGCUUGGGGUGGGGAAAGGAGUGCGUGUAGGGUUCGGGGGGGGGCCCCGAUGGUGACUGUGGCUUGGAAGGCCCCGGUGUGUGGGGUAGGGUAGGUGCGCUCGGGGAAGAAGGUGGGGAGUUGGCCCCAAGAGGAGGAAUGCGGGCGAAUAGCUCCGUGAUGGAUAGAAUUGGGGUAAGCGUCGGGUGUGGGGCUUGGGCAGCAGGGAUGGGAAGAAGGUGCACGAGUAAAAAGGGGAGAAGGGUUUCUAUGAAGUGUAGGGGUGGGAUGGAGUAUUUUGGGGGACAGUGGUACCUGUUGGGCUGAUUCUGGAUCAUGUUUCUGGUGGGCAGCCUCCCGAGAAGGUUAGUGGUUACUGCUCUUCUGAGAUUUUGUAUUGUGUGUGCGUUGUGUUGUUGUUGUUGGUUUUUUUUGGGGGGGGGAGUUAAGACUUACCUGAGUGGAAAGGUAUGCCUGCCUUUGGUGAAAGAGGGAGAGCUGUUCUUUGAGUGUGCUGUUGGGAAGUACACUUCCAAAUUGGGUGAAACUUGCCUAAGAUAAGUGUGUUUCCAGGAGUGAAGGACAUGUUCUCUAGGAUGGGAGGUGGCCUCUUGGCUUCUUCAAGAAGUUGAGAAGAUUUUCUGGUUUUAAUGAGGAAGUCUAAUUCAUAAGGGGUGGAUACAUUCUUGUAAGAUUGAAUAGGUUGGGGAAUCCUGAUGUUAGCAGUUUUUUAUCUCUGGUCCUGUAGGUUUGGAGAAGGUUUCUUAGUUAGGAUGGGAACAAUUACUUGAGGAAUUUGUGAUUGAGGUUCUUCUUGGAUUCAUGACAUAUGGUGUAUCUUUGACUAUGCAAGGAGAUUCAAGUAAGCAGUGUAAAAUUUGUAGCAAAAUGACCUCAGACGGGCAAUAUUCAAUUAUUUUGGAUCAGAAUUAUAAAGGAGCAAACCAUGAGUUUGGCAUGUCUUCUCUUAGAAUUAAGGGCAGGAACUUUCUUUGGAAAGGUUUUUUUUUUAAAGAGUGCUGAGCUUGGGAGACUUUUGCCAAUGAGUGUCAUGUUGAGAAUUAUAUGUGCAGGACAUUCCUCUUGGACUCAGGGUAAGAGAUGGGGGACUGUUGGUUCAUGCUUUUCAUGGCUUCCUUAAUAGGGAUUAAUAUGAGCAGAUGAAGGAGUGCCUUGCUCAGCAGUAGGGCUUUUGUGUGAUGUGAAAGGUAGUGGAAUGGAGUAUGUAUCUUUCAGUAGGUUGUAUCUGCAGUCAGUUUCAAGUUAUGUGAUAGUCCGCCUAUUAGGUGUGGAAGUGAGUAGAGCUUAGGAAAGAGAUGCAAGUGGAAUUGUUUCCUUAUGUCUUGGUACACAUUCUUGUGAUGCUCUUUCUUUCCCUGUGUCUCUCCUAAGGAAUCCUAACAAAACAAAACAAAUCCUUCCAGUAGUACCUUAGAGACCAACUAAGUUUGUUCUUGAUAUGAGCUUUCGUGUGCAUGCACACUUCUUCAGAUACACUGAAACAGUUGGUCUCUAAGGUGCUACUGGAAGGAAUUUUUUUUUUCAACUAUGGCAGACCAACACGGCUACCUACCUGUAAGUAGAACUAAGGAAUCCUAUUAGUGAUCUUUAUCCAUUGCCUUACAUUCCCAUAGGGCAAGACUCCUAACAAAGCCUAAAGAAAUGUGUGUUUUGUGUUGCUGAUAUUGUUUUUGUAGUCAGUAUUUUUUACUUUUUCCUCAGUAUUGUAGUAACACUGCUGUUUUUUCUUAGAUUUGGGAUUGUUGAUUUCAGUCAGCAGAACAGUGGGAUGAUUCUUGGGUAAAGUUUCUGCACAAUGUUAAAAUGCAGACGGGAUGGAGAUUGAUAGGCCUGCUUCUUAUUUCAACUACCUAUCUGAGAAAAUGUCUGUGCAAUACACAAUCAUGACAUCAGGUUUCUUUUAACACAGAGGACGGUUUUCCUUGAAAACAGGUGUGUGAGAAAUGCAGUUUGCUAGAUUUCUCUGGGCUCUUUCCUAAUCUGGGAUCAUUCAAAUGAAUAAGGUACAGUUUAAGAUACCAGGAAGAGCCUCAGUUCUUUGUAACACAGCUCUUUGUCAUAGAGUUCUAAAACCCUGUCAUUAAUAAUGAAUCCUUCAUGAGUAAGGCUGGUUAAGUCUCCUGGGGCAUAAUUCGGUCAAGAGGAGUACUGUAUGCUAAACUAGUUCUAUUUCUGGCGUAUUUUAGAUUUGGGGAGGAUGGCAUGAUAUAAACUGGAGAGAAUUUCUGGGACUGGUGAGAAUCUUGAAGAAUACUGUUGGUGAAUAAAAGUUAUUAAGACUGCAAUCCUAUCCUUACUUAUCUGGAACCAGGCCCAAUUGAGUUGAAUAGGCCUGACUUCUGAGUAGACAUGAUUAAGAUUGCACUACAGGUAGGAAGGAAAUGUAGAUUUUUUUAAUUGCUUCUAUUUCCUUUAGCUAAUACAGCAGUCUCCAAAACUUUGCUAAAAUACAAACCUAUGUCCUGUAAUGUUUAUUUGCACUUAGUUUCUACUAGCUGGUCUUUAGACUGACAUUUAAAAUUGGAAAGUUUCAAACAUGCUAUAAUCAAUACUGAGAAAAUGUAUAUUUCAUAUGACUCAGCAAUUCCUUAGAUUUCAGCAUUAAUUCAGGCAGAUGGAUCACCAGGAGCCUGGGACUUUUCCUGGUUCAGGCUAGUACUAAAAUACCCCACAAUAUUUAGUUUUGUUCAGAGUGCUUCAAUUCUAAGUCUCGACCAGAUAGUUCAGCCAUGACAUUGAAGCCAUGUCUAGAAAUCAUAGGUGGUGGUGUUCUUGGUGUUUUAAAAAAGGUUUGAUAGUUUCCUUUCAUUCAGCAAGAGCAUAUCUGUAAGAGCAUUCAAGUGAGCUAGUUUGCAAUACAAACUAGUUGUUUCAGCCUUUAAGGGUACAUGCAAACCAACUGAAUUAUUUAUAAGGGGAAGUAUUUUCAAGACACUAUAGAUAUUAAAAGACAAGUUAAACUCCAUUAUUCAGAAGGCAGCAGUGUCCAGAAAGAGCCCCAACUGACUGGGAUGGAGAAAAUUUGUUUUGUCCAUAACUGGCUUUGUGUCUCAGCAGGAGCAAAUUUCACUUUGAAGUGUUGAGCGAGCGUAUUUGGCUACAUAAGCAGAGCAGGAAACACUGAAAGGUGACCAGUUGUGUAAAUACCAUGGAGACAACGUGCAGGGAAAUGGAAUGCAAGUUGCUAAAAUGAUUCUGAUUUUGAAAACAACUCCAGCAGAGAAUGGUGUGCAUGUUUCCAAGUUAACUGUGGACUGUGGUAUGUCUGUUGAUGGGGGUUGGGUGGGAGGAAGGGAAGAGAAUGAGGCUAUAAACGAACCACCAGUUCAGUUAAAUAAAAACAUGAUUUCUCAAGCAAAUGUGUUCAAUAAGUGUGGUGACACUUGCAAAUGUUGGGUGUUAAAUUAGGAUGGAAAGUAGCCAAGAUUGAACAAGGCGUAUUAAUUAUUUUCCCUCCACCUUGCUGCAAAGGUUCCUUGGUCAAUUAUGCUAGCUCCCUGUGACUGGCUUUUGACACUUGUAAAAAUCAUUUCAAAAUGUGCUGUAGUUUGUGGCUGAUGAUAACACACUUAAAAUAAGAGACAAUAACAUUUUCCCUGUUUGAGCCCUAGCAUAGAAUUGAGCAUGUUUCCAGUAGUUAUAAAAGCUAAUGUUUCUGAAAUGGGCAGUUUGUGGAGAACUAAUGUACAUGAUUUAGCUUAAACUUAGCAAGUUCCAUUUCAUAGUUUGGGGAAAUUCUGGGGAAUUUCUGAAAUUGCUGUUUUAAAGUAUCUUGAGAUAAUGUUCAGGAAUCCGAAUGUGUGUGCUUAACACACCUAAGUUACUUUCUGAAGCAUUCCUGACAGUUGUCUUAAGUUAAAAUUUAUCUUGAAAGCCUUCAGUUGUAUAAGAAGGGUCAGAAUAUGUGCUUAGGUAUAUGCUAGCAGCUUAUAAGGUGGCCCAGUGCCUACAGUAUGUCUUGGGGCCUUGAUUCAAGUUACAGAUUGACCCUGCACUUGCUUGGUGAUUUUGAACAAAUCCCCAGGAGGAAAAUGGAAGUAAUAUAUUUCUGUUGUGGUCAGUGUGUCUAAUUUGAAUCAACCUCCUAUUAGAAGGGAGGUCAGAAUGAUCUGAAAAUAACUUAGAAUAUCUCUCGAUUUUGUAUUUUUCAGUGUGUGUAGAAAUGAAAAACAAACCUAACUUAAUAAUGUUGAGUGUCUUGUGAAUGAUGAUUGUGAUAUGUCCUAAUCUACAGGACCUGAAACCAGCAGUAAUUUGAGAGAAAGCCAGUAUUGCUUUUGACUGCACAGGUUCAUGCUAAGUCCUGGGACAAAAUACUUUCUCACUUGAAGGUUAAAGGGAGCCAGUGUGGUAUAGUGAACAGUGGGGGUAGUGGACUUUGACUAGAGAGACCUGGCUUCAAAUCCCCACUGAGCCAUGAAACACAUUGCAUGACCUUAGGCCAGUCACUAUCUCACAAGGCUGUUAGGAUAAAUCCCUGUGCAUGUUGCCCUAAACUCCUUGCAUAGAGCAUGGGAUACAAAGGUUAAUAAUAAAAAAGUAAUAAAAUGUUGCCACCUGAGUAACUUGGAGUUAGCCAAACGUUGAAGGAAACAUUUUCAGCUGUGUCUUGAAAGUGUAAUUUCCUCUACUAUUUCACAAGGUCAGUGAACAAUCAUAGAACAACUGAAAAUCAUAAUGUUAACCCACCAAUUUAAGCACCAGAUUAGCAGAAGGUCAACACACUUAUCAGUGAAAGAGACUUGUAAUAGGAGUUCAGCUGUUGCAGAGAGUUUCCAUUGGUGACAACUUAUGCACUUCAGUUUCCAAUGAGAUAUGCUAAACGGUGCUUGUAACCUCAUUUUAGGACACUAAGUGGCCAAGCAUAUAAGCUUUUUAAUUGAACCCUUUGCUUUGGCAGCUCUCUUGUUCAUACCAGCUCUAGAGAACAGGAAACUUUGAUCAUCUGAUAAAGAUAUUUGAUUAUUAUUGAUGCUGUAGCAAGUCACAUUAUUUCAAAGGCUGGUAAAUGAGUUACACUUUAUUUUCAGCCUUUCAUUUUGGCACUGCUUUGUUUUUCUACUUGCUAAAAAACUUGGCAUAUUGGGAAGAAAAACCCAAUGCUAUGAUGUGUUUAAGUGUAAUAAAUUGGCACAUACACCAAUAGUAUGUUAACACAAUCACUAAGUUUAUUGGUAGCCACAAAAAUACUUCCCUGUCUAGUGACCCAUUACAAUUGUUGUGCAACAUUUUCAUUUUUUGUUGAAGAACCAUGAAAGCAGAAUUCUUUGUUGAUAAGGCAAUUUAUUAUGGCUACGGUACUGGAUAUACUUACCUGGAGGGACGUGGGUGGCACUGUGGUCUAAACCACUGAGCCUCUUGGGCUUGCCAGUUGGAAGGUUGGUGGUUUGAAUCCCCGUGAUGGAGUGAGCACCUGCUGCUCUGUCCCAGCUCCUGCCAACCUAGCAGUUCGAAAGCAUGCCAGUGCAAGUAGAUAAAUAGGUACUGCUGUGAUGGGGAGGUAAACAGCAUUUCCGUGCACUCUGGCUUCCAUCAUGGUGUUCUAUUGCACCAGAAGCAGUUUAGUCAUGCUGGCCACAUGACCUGGAAAGCUGUCAGUGGACAAACGCUGGCUCUCUCAGCCUGAAAGCGAGUUGAGCACUGCAACCCCAUAGUCACCUUUGACUGGACUUAACCAUCCAGGGGUCCUUUACCUUAAAAAACAACAACAAAAAACUUUCCUGGAAAUAAGUUCAGUGAGAUAAAUGGAAGCUCUGAAUAGAUAUGUAUAUUUAAUAAAUUUGUCCAUAAAAAUACAGUAUUUUCUCAUUGCAGCUUAACAACAUUUAAACACUGUAAAAUUAUCUAAAAUAUAAGCAACAUAAACGGAAUCACAACAGCAAAAACAUAGGAUUGUAAUGCAAACAGCAGUGUUUAUGCUAAGUUUAAAAAGUCUCUGGCUCCAUUCUUUCAUAAGGUGUCUCUUCUUUUUAUCCUGGAAACUAAAAUACUCUUAUCUUUGAAAUUAAAAAACAACAACUCUUGAGGCACAGUACAGAGGCUGGGUUCCAUAAACUCUUACACUGGCUUUCCCCAUUGGUGAGCACUCCUGUACUCUCUGUGAAAGCGCCGUUUCUGCCAAUGACCACCUCUACUUUCAUGCACAAAAAAACCAUGGUGGCAGAAAGGAGAAAUGAUUUCUUUCCCACUGGGCAUUUGGGAGAUGCAGCAGAAAGGAGAUGCUGCUGGCUUUUCCUGCAACAUCAGAUGGGAAGAAAAAAUGUCCCUUUGGAGGGACUUCAGGGAAUGAUGCAUCAAUGGUAAGCACUGGUUUACCACUGUUAAGCAAUGAUUCAGAUAGUAAACUAAGUCAUAAACUUAAAACCCCAAAGUGUUUAUAACCUCAUAUCCUUCUCAGUGCUCAGUUGAGAACACCUUGCUCUGUGCUACCUGCUCUGUAUGAGGUUUAGACAUCAAAGGAUCAUGGAUACUUUUUAAUUAAUUUGCAGAAUUCCUCCCACAGGGAGUUUGUGGAGGUCCUUGCCUUGAACAGAUUUUUGAAACAGUGUAAAAUAUUUUUGUAUGGAUAAACAUUUAGUAGUUUUAAAUAAAUGUGGGGGUGAUUCAGGGAGGGGAGAUAUGUAACUUCAUGGCUAGUUCUGAAUCUCCAGUUCAAAACAUAGGCAGAGGACUUUCCCAGCCUUACUGAGUCUUUGGAGAGCUGUUCCCAACAAUACUGGGCCAGAAAACUAAUUUCACCUUUGACCUUGAAACUGUAUUACAAGCCUGUAUUAGAGCCAAAGCAUUUUUAUGGUGUGACAUAUUCUAUGAGAAUAAGGGUACCAGGUAUUAAGGGUUCCUUCCCUUACAUUGGAAGCUGACUUUAACUUUGUGAGCAACUGUAAAAUAAUGCCCUCCAAACUAUAAUAGGGUAGGUUUCUGCUAUGCAUAUAAGCUGUCAGGAAAAUGUCAGAUUGUGAAUGGCAUCUUCUACCUUAAAGGUCAGACAAAGGAAGGGACCUUUUAAAUCUCUUCAUUUGUAGUGUCUCAUUGGUCUUUUGAUUUAGCUGAAGGACAUGCUGAUGUACUUAGUAAACUUUAACCUGCCUGCUGCUUUUUAUAGCUUGCUUGUUCAGUAUCUGCCAGGUUUGUAGAUCAUGCUGAUUAGGUGUUAAUUUUGUGUUUCAGUUCAGUCUGUUUAAGAUGCUGAAUAUCUUCGACUGUGUGCGCACAAUAUAUUUGUACACUGGUUGGGCAAUAGUUGAAGGUAAAAAAUUUUAACACAGUAAUAUGUUUCCACCAGAGGUUCUGAAAAUUACAGUAACUAGGGCAAUGGCUGGGAUCCAAAGAUCCACACAACUAGUUCCACACACUUAUAAAGGAUGUUUGACAGUUUCCUUGAGCUGUAGCUUCUUAUGCCACACAACAAAUUAUUUUUGAUAAUCUGGGGAUUUUUAGAAGUUGUUUGUGUUAUAGUAUGGGGUGCUUUGCUAUUCAAAGAGAAAAAAAUAUUACUUGGUAUGCAAAGGUACCUAAAGUAGAUCUUUGAAUACAAUUGCCUUUUGAAGGUAGCAAUAUUUCAGCCAGGAUAUCUUGGAAUUCCUGGCAUUCAUGUCUAGCCUGUUGGUCCAUUAUUUCUAGAUCUAGGCAGAUUUGGCCCUCCAACCUCUGAAAUUCCUGAUGUCAGCAACGUUGUAAUUAGUUAAACUCAGCCAAGUGGUUAUACAAGUUUAAGAACAACUUUUGCAUAGGAAUUGACUUUGACAAAGGUUGUCAAACUGUCAUCUGAAUGCUGAAUUGCAUUCUUUUCCUGCAUAGAACAGGAGUCUUGAGCAGAGGAAGCUGUUGCUUUGUUUUCUAUUAGCAGAUUUACUGCUUGGAUACUAUAAUCCACAUUGGAUGCAAAUCAGUGGGAAAAUGUGGUUGCCUAGAUAAAGCCUUAUAAUUACUGUAGCUGCUUUCAUUUGUUCACAGAUGUGAUCUUACAAAGCUCUUUCUGCUGUUGGGUGGAAAUUGGUUUGAUUUCAUGUAUUUUGGAGAAUAAAUAACUUGGUUACAGUCCAAUAUAUUGGGCGGGCUAGCUGUCUGGCAUGGACUAUAAAGUUGUAAGCAGUGGUGGAUUCUGAUUGAGGGAUUAGCUGCUCAUCUCACUGCUCACUUUCCUGGCCUCUACAUGCUACUUCUUCUCUUAGAACUUUGUCCUCAUCCAUACUUUAAUGAAUAAGGGAACAGAUCCUCUUUUGAAGAGCAUAGUGCAUAAGAGAGAAUAUGAAGAAGGAUAUAUCCUAGGCUAAAGUUAUUGUGUUUUAAAGUUCAACACACCAAUUAUCCACACAUAGAUUGCUGGUAUAUAAAAGUCUAUCUAUCUCUAAAAUACACCUAAAAUCUUAAUAGAACAUAUUAUAAUAGAAGAUGGUGUAAUAUAAAAUAUAAUGAAAGGCUAACUGUUAAAAGCAUAGAUGCAGAACUUGUGGCCCUCCAAAAAUAGCUGGAUUAUAGCUGCCGUCAUCUUUGACCAUUGGCCAAUCUGGGUGGGGCCCCAACAACAUCUGGAGGGCCGCAGGUUCCCCAUUGCUCUGUUAAAGUUAUUCAGAUUAUAGGAGCAGUACAUGGGAAGUGCAACCUUGCUUCUGCUUCACAACCUCUGUGAAUUUUGAUACCAUCAACCAUGGUAUCCUCUUGGACUAGUGUCACGGGAUAGGAAUUUUGGGUGCUCUGUUAUUGUUGCUCUAGUCCUAUCUACAUGGCUAAAUUCAGAGAGUGACAUUGGGAGAGUAUUUUUUAGCCCUGUGGCAGUUGUGCUAUGUCUCGUGCCCUCCAGAUGUUCAUCAACCCCAGUCAGGAUGGCCAGUUGCAAGGAAAACAGGAGUUGUAAAGAACCUCUGGAGGGCACCACAUUGACUACUUUCUGUUGAAUAACAUACAGACUCCACAUUCGAUCCAUAUUACCACAGCUGGCUACUGCUGCUGAAAAUAUCAACAUAAGGUUCUAUAAUAAGGAACACAGACCUCCCAUUUUAUGAAAAAUGUUUUCACUGGUGCAUGGGGAUUCUGUAUUGUGCAUGCACUGUAUUAAUGGGAAAACUUUGUUUUGAUCUCAUUUCUCAGCAUUUUUUCUAAAACCUGCAUUUCUUUUUGUAAAAAACUGAUAUUCCCUACAGUUGUUCAAGCUAUCACAUGUUUCCUUAAUAGUCAGGGCUGGCCUGUCUAUGAGGCAGGCACCUCAGGCAGCAGAAUCCAAGGGGCACAUCCAUGGGUGCACCUUUCCCGCUGGAGAAGCAAGAAGUGGUUGCAGUGGGUUCUGAUGAGAUCUCAUGAGAGCCCGCAAUAUUUCACAGAUGCCUCUGGAUACAUUGGGCAAUCUUGCCAGAACCUUGGAAGCUGCAGCUGCACAACCCUGGUCAGCAAGGCUUUGGUGGAGGUGGCAAGGGGGGAGGCAGGCAGUGCAUGGGCAGGGCAGCACCUUCCUAUUACACCUCAGCUGGUGAAAUUGGACAGGCUGCCCCUGUUAAUAGAUGUAAUCAAGAAUAGCAUUAGUAUUUCCAGUAAUUAUUCUCUGUUUGAGGUGUUGUUGCAGGAAAACUGGAAGUGAAUGUUUUUGAUGAACAUACAGGGUUGUACCCAACAUUAGUUAUACUCUGAGUAUAACUGAAAUUAAUGAGCAUGGCUAACCCAGAUCCAUAAAUUUCUGUGGGUCUGGUCUGAGUAAAACUUAGUUGGAUACAAUCCAUAGUUUCUGUUCUAAUUACUUGAUUUAAAAAAAAAAAAUAGUUCACAUGUCAGUAUUCAUGCUUGUACUAGCUGCUUUCCAGAAAACAAAUUUUCCAGUUCUGUAAGAGGCUUUCAAAUAUUAAUCACCAUUGCAUAGCUCUUUCCUUAAUGUAUCUGCUUCCCUGCAAAGCAUUUAAUGUCUGCAUUUUCUAUUUGCCUGCAAUAUAAAAUGUCGUAUGCUGAACUGCAUUUGGAUACUUGCUUUUGUUGCUCUCAAACAAGAUUUAAUCCUGAGCGUAUCAUGUAAGUGAAGCCUUAUUGAAAUCAAUUUGACUCCUGCUAGCACGAGUCCAUUUUCACAAGCUCGCAUUUUGUAUAAACUGCUGCCUGUGUGCACAAUUUGUUGAUGCCUUGUUUCUGGAUCUUCAUGGGGCUGAACAUUUAAUUAUAUGUAACCAUUAACUUGGUUCCUGUAAAUGUUUUCUGGUGCUUCACACGCUCUUGAAAGGCACUGUUGUCUGUUUGCAAGAAUAUUAACAUAUUAUCACAUUUAAAUGACAAUGAAGGAACAUUCAAAAACAGCCUCUCAUGUUGUUCAGGGCCACAUAUUGGUUGUUCAUGUAUUAUAUGUUCUGGAGUGUGUAGGACAGGGGUGGCUAACAUUUGGCACUCAAGAUGUUGGAUUCCUAACUCCAUCGCUCUGACCAUUGCCCAUGCUGGCUGGAUCUGAUGGGAAGCCACCUCUGGUGUAGGGUGUUAAAGGUAUGUCUUUAAAGUUAAAUGUGGCACCAUUCCCUUUGGGUCAAAUAUGGAUUAGCUGUUUCUCUUUAUUGACAUGCUACAUAGUUGCCUUGGCUUGAUAUUUGAGUGGACCUAGUUUGCUAAAGGAGUCUUGUUGAAUAGACAAGCAUUGGUUGUUGGGGCCUUCAUGUGUUGGAUCUGUCAGUUAAUUCCAGUUGGUUCUCAAUGCAUAGUAACUAUGCAACUGUAUGGGGGGCAUGGGUGUUGAUGGGAAUGCUAGUCUUCUGAAUUCACUAUUGAGAUUUGAACAAAUUUGUAUCAUUUGGGGAUUCGUGGCUUUUUAAUAAUAAUACUGUGGUGGUAUUGUUCUUGUUUGUUACUUUGGUAUGCAUUUUUGUAUUUUUAUAUUGUAAACCACCCUAUAAUUCUUGGAUGAAGGGUGGUAUAGAAAUUUAAUAAAUAAUAAUAGCUGCGGUGCAUGCAAAACUUGAAUAGUAUUUUAGGGUUAAAAUAAAAAACCAGUUUCCUGAAAAUCAGCUUUUUCCUGUAGAGGCACCAGCAUGUAGAGAGCUGAAAAAUUAUUUUGGAUUUCUGAAUAUCAGUUUAAAACUUCUAGGCACUUGUGUGACCACAAUUUUGGACUUUUCCCAACCCUAGCUGAUACAGUGUUGUGAGGUAGCUUAGGUUGCAGAUUCCAGUUGACUUUCCAGCCACUCUGUGCAAUCCUUGCUCUCCUUUAGGUAUGGUAAACUACUUAUCCAGAGGGCAUAUUCUGUAUUGAGCAAGUUGCUCACUGUGAGAUUGUAAUAGUCACUAUAAAGUUAUAAAUAUAAUGAUUGUUCACUAUGUUGUAAACAAUCACUCCUGUGAAAAUGCUGUAGGUGUGAAUGGAAGAAUAGUGGUCUUGGGUUUUAUUUGCAUUGAAGCAGCUUUAAAAGUUCACUUCAACAGCUUGCCAAACUUUUUUUUUUUUAAAUGUUACCGUACUCAAUGUUAAAUGAAACAUUAAGUUAUAAAGUUGAAUGUGUAUUUUACAGGUGAAGCAGGCGACUAAUCAGAUUGUGAUGAAUUGUGCUGACAUCGACAUCAUUACAGCUUCCUAUGCACCAGAGGGAGACGAAGGUAAGAGGGAAUUUGCAUGUAGCUUCUGUAUGUUCAGUCUCCAGAUGCAAUAUUGAUCAAAUAAUGAAUUUAGUUGUACAGCAAGUGUUUCCAGAUUGUUUGGACAUAGUGAAUUUAAAGUAAUCUCUCCCUUCUACAUUUUGGAUGAUGUCUAAAAUCCUCAGCAUAUUAGAAAGGAAAAUGUAUUCAAGUAAAAAAGAGAUAAUGACUUGGUUUCUUCAUAAUACUGAGCUAAAAAAUGGUUAAGUAUGAAUAUCCAAGUGUGUUGGGUACACAGAAUGAAAAUUUCACAGCUGCUUUGCACCUCCCCUCGUUUUGCUGCUGUCACAUUACCCAAAGCAAAGCCAUGGUUUGACUUAGUGUUAUAUGUGAACAUGGGCUCAUAGUCUAUCUCACUCUAAACAAACCGCAAGCUGCGUAGUAGCCAAGGUUUGUUCUUGCCUUACUGCUCAUGGUUUCUUUGGGGAGAUAUGUGCAAACCUGGGCUUGUUCAGCAGCAGCUGGGUCUGGGGAAGAGUAAAAUGCCUUUAGUUUUCACUUUGUGUACUCAUGCAUAUGGAACCAUCGUUUGGCUUGGUCUUAUGUGUAACCAGGCCAUUAUAACUUUUUUGCUUUAAAACAUCUUCCUCUAUCAUAUUAUGCAGCUUGUUAAUUCAUGCUUAGCCAUGGUUUGGCUUAGUGCUACGUGAGAACUGGGGCAUUAUGAUAAAAAUCUUGGGUUUAAUAAGAUUAUGGCUUGUCCCAGUUCUUCAAGAAAGUGAAGACACUUGAUUAAGGAGGCAUUGUUGUGGCUGCCAGCACUAUCACCUCAGUAUUUUCAGCUGCUGCAUACUUUGUACCAAGUCUACAAACAUGUGAUCUUGAAAACUGGGUAUAGUUUACCAGCCAUGUAUGGUGUUACACUAGUGAUGCAAAACUGGUUUUGGUUGCUGCAGGGGAAUUGUUGAGUAUCUGACUGUCAAGCACAGAUGGUUGGUAGGCUACAUUUGUUUUGGAUGGUUGUAAGUUUGUAGGCCAGCCUUCGAUAAAAUGCCUAUUUAACAUGCCCUAGAGAUGACUUUUUGAUCAGGAUUUAACUUGGGCAAUGAUCCACCCUCCUCUGGAAUGUGUGACUUGGAUUACUUGAAUGAGUAAUCUGAAACUGGUUUGUUUUGUGGAUAGCUUUUUGUGGUGCAACUUCUCUUUGUGACACACUGGAUUGAACUGCAGUGGUUGUGUGUGGUAGUGACAGCAUAAGAACAGAAGAGCCCUGCUGGGUCAGGCCAAAGGCCCAUCUAGUCCAGCACUAUUUUCACAGUGGCUAACCAGAGCCUAUGGGUAGAUCAUACGCACAGUAGCUCUCCUGCUUGUAAUGCCCAAAAAGUAGUGGUCAGAGAAGCAUUGCCUCUUAACACUGAAAAUACUACAUAGCCAUCAUGACAAAGUAAUGAGCUUAUCAUGCGUGGUUAUGUCCUCUUUUAAGUCAUCCAGGUUGGUUGCUACAUGUUACUGCAGUGGAUUCCAUGAUUGUGGUCUGCCUCACAGUAAGGGAAUGGAGUAGACAAUCAAUUAGACUCUCUCAGUCAGCCAGUCCUAUGCCAUUUAUAUAUAACUUCAACAUACAAAAGAUGAUAUGGGGGGGGGGGGUAGAAGAGGAUUCCUGGUGACCUUUCCACCUGCUGAAACCUCCUUUUCUCUCCCCAUUGAGAAUUUUAUCAAAAUUGAACAGGGGCGGGUGGGCAGAUUCCUGCCUCUUUAAAUCUAUGUUGGUACAUUUGAGCUGACAGGAACACAUCUGGGUUUUUGGAUUCUCUGCGAAGCUCAAAGCACAUGAUAUCUGGUGAGAGCACAUGGAUGGGGACCAGAAAGCUCAGUUCAGCAGGGAUUUUGCAUGUGUGCCAAAAGUAUGUUCCUUAUGCAGCCGAUGGGGAGUGGGGAUUUUGACCACCUUUCAUCCCUUGGGGAUGAGAGAAGAAUCUGGCCCAUCAGCUGAAUUCAGUUCUCCAUCACCUGUACACAGAAGCAGGUAUAUUAACCAUGAGGGGCGGGGUUGACUGUUGGAUGGAAAGCAUCAGACAGAUAAUUUUUUUAAAAUAUAUUAUUUAUUGCUACUAUUACUUGUGAAUGUAUACGCCACUUUUUUGCAAGACUUACACAAAAGUAGUAUAGUUUUAAAAACAGUAAUGACACUUUAAAAUAGUGGGAGUCAUGGGAUUGCAUGCUCCUUCCCUCCUCAAGUACGAUUUCUCUUCCCAGCCUUAAAUUAGGGUUACCUUUUAACAAAGAGCUGAGACCAGGAUUUGAGGUUUUUCCCAUGGUUGAGAGACCCCCAUUAGCAUCAUCUGUGAUUACUAUUAGUGCUGAUGUAACAUGGAACCACAAUUAAGACUGGCAGUGCAGGGGAAUUCUUGUGGGAGGCAAGGGGCCAGAAAGAUCUAGUAAGCUAUCCUUCAAUCCCUCAUAAUCUCAUAAUGGUGGUUAAAAUAUUGGGAUUGUUACAUCUGUACUGGAACUAUAUGCCUUAUCUUUCCAGUUAGCUGACCAGAAACUUUGCCAUUAUUGAACUUCCUAUUCUGGCUUUCUCAGUGUUGUCAUGCUCCAGUUCUGAAGGCCUUGCCUUUCAAAGUUUUUAAUGGCAUGCCAAGCCAUAUCUGUAUUAAAAGCUUUUGUGAAAUUCAAAGCAUAAUUUAUCUUUCUUGUGGUUGUGCUGUAAAAUAGAGGGUGACUGAAAUGUUUAAUUUCUAAUAUUUAUAUAUUUCUGAAGGAUUAAGGCAAUUUAUAAAUAAAGAUUGCUAAGAAAGAUAUUCUAAAAACUGCUGAUACGUAGUAGAAGUCUUUGCUACUUGCCUAAAAGUGAGCAGUGAUUAGGUCAAGUAUACGGUAUUUUUUGCUCUAUAAGACUCACUUUUUCCCUCCUAAAAAGUAAGGGGAAAUGUGUGUGCGUCUUAUGGAGCGAAUGCAGGCUGCGCAGCUAUCCCAGAAGCCAGAACAGCAAGAGGGAUCGCUGCUUUCGCUGCAAAGUGAUCCCAUUUGCUGUUCUGGCUUUUGGGAAUCAGAAUAUUUUUUUUCUUGUUUGGCUCCUCCAAAAACUAGGUGCGUCUUAUGGUCUGGUGCGUCUUAUAGAGCGAAAAAUACGGUAGCUCAGGGAGUUAUUCCAAACCUGGUGCCACAACCAAAAAAGGCCUCCUCUCUCACGCUUCUUCUGCACAAGUGAAGGUGGUGAGGUCUCCGAGAAGAUUGGCGGAAAUUCUUGGAGAGCCAGUUCUUAAAAUAGUUUGGACCCAAGAUGUUCAGAACUUGAGCUGAGCCUCAAAACAAAUUUGUAAAUAGUGCAGCUAGCUAAGAACUAGUUUAAUAUGAUCUGAUCUUCCAUACUGUAUUUGGUCAGUACCCUGUAAGUCUCAUUCUAAACUAGUCUAUCUUCAAGGGUAUUUCCAUGUAAAGCAUGCUAUAGUAGUUAACAAGGAGGUGACCAGAGUAUGAAUAACUGAGGAGAGGUUUGGUUUCUCAAGGAAAUGGACGAAGCUCCUCUUUCCUGCCUCCACAUGGAAAUGCAAGGGUGCAUUUGGGCCUAGGAAUAUUCCCAGCAUGCAAACCUGCAGCUUCAGAAGGGAGUGCAACCCUAUGAAGAGCAGGCUGUAUGCAUACUUGCACUAUCAUCAGAAUUGUUCAGCCUCUGACUUGGGCUUUUGUGAGACCCAGAUCUGUCAUAAGGAAGCCUGUCUCAGUGGCUAGUUGGAUCCAGUCAGUAGAAUUGACAUCUGUGGCUUCUCAGGGUAUGGUGAUCAUGGUAUCCUUCAUAAGUUAAAUCCUUUCAGGUAAUGGAGUUCCCUCCUGUGUGGCCCUUUGCUUUACUCCCAGAAUUAACGUCGCACAUCAUCACAGCUUAGUGGAAAACAUUUGGUAUUGAAACAGGGUAGGCAGUAGGUGAUCUAUCAGGCAUUGGCAAUGAGAACAGACAUGUCUUACAUUUCCUUAUCAAUUUGAUUAAUUGUUUAGAUCUGCUUUUUGCUAUUCUAUCUGCCAUAAAGUGUUCAUUUUGAUCCACAAAAUGGAAUUUGAUCCACCAAAGUAGGUUUCCCCUAUGACGCACAGAAGAGAAGAUCCACACAGUUUGAUUUUGCAUUGCCUAUGCCACGAAAUGUUUUGGUUUUCUAUUAAUACUCUUUUUUUUGUCUUUGUGAUGAGAGCUCACUUGGAGCUCUGAGAGUAUCAUUUUUUAAAAAUGCAUUUGCUUCUCUGUUGUGGCUUGAGGAGAAUACAGUUGAUUGGUAAGGGCACGCAGGGUGAAAUGGAUUAUUCUUCUUUGGGGAUCUUGAAUUAGAUUAUCUUUCCAGCUCUGUGAUGGUAUGUGCUAGUGAAUAGAAUACUGGACCUGAGAGAUGAGGUUUCAAACCCUUGCUCUGUAAUGGACUUACUGGGUGAGCUUGGGCAGGACUUGAAAAAUAUCAGGUGUCUAAAAUGUUGCUCCUAACCUACAGAAACAUUUCAUGCUCCUUGUUCUCUAUCUGGCUAGUUUUCAGUCUAUAGAACGGUGAGAAUAACUCCCUUCAGAAUGGCUCUAAGGAUAAAGCAAUUGAGUUUUAACACACAGGAAUCAUUAAAUCUGUAGCUUCAGCCUUUAUUACUUCAAUUUAAUCUAGGUUGUAUCUAGUGGGAAUCAUAAGAGGGAUUUACCAGCACUACCAUAAAAAAUGUGUUUUUGUGUUUGGGUAGAUCCGUGGAAGACCUAAAGGAACGUGAUACAUUGCCUUAAAAAAAAAAACUAGGUUGAUUUUUAUCUGGUGAAUGGAAGCCUUUCAGUCUUGCAUGGGCAGCAUUAUGAAGCACACCAGCAAGUAUGUACCUUUAUUCUAAGGAAGCUGUGUUUAAAGGGACAAGAAGGUUCAGUGCUGCUUCUCCUUUUCCUCUCAUUCAGUUCCUCCUUUCUAUUUGUUUUUCUUCCUAUCCUUACAUUCAGCCAGCCACAUCUUCCCUUCCUUUUCCUUUUCUCCAAUUUUGCAUGUGUCAGCCUCCAUUCUAGCCAACUCCUGCUCCCACAUGUGCCUGUGUAUUUUUGUAUGUUGUGAGCUGCUAGCAUCCAUCAAACCUUAAGGUGUCAUCAGACAUUUAGUGGUCCCUGGACAAUAGUUUGAGAAGUGCUUCCUUACUUGGAUCAACAUGUCUUACUAGAGGUGAGUCAAGUCUAGCACAGUUAAAGGGAAUGGAGGGUCAUCCCCUCUGAAGUGCUCUUUGUUUUGCUGAGCCUGGAGUAUCUGCUUCACCAACCUACACCUCUGCUUAAGCCAGGAGGCCCAACUGGUUGCGAGUUCCCACCUCUGUUCUGCCAGUUUUGAGGUAGCAUGCAUGCAGUUUUUGGUUCCUUCUGUUUGGGAGGCAGUGUUGAUGUUUUCAUGAACUACAACUUUCUUAUAUACGUAAUUUGGGGUUCCAGGGAUGUGGAAGCAUUGAUAGUGUAUCCUGCUUCUGCACAUUCUGGGGUUAUCUGGCUGUCAGCUGUCAGAAAUAAGGUGAUGAGGUAGACCGUUGGUUUGACACAAUGCAUAGGUAUGUAGUUCUUAAUGCUGAUUUGGAGCUGGUAAUUAUGGAAUUUAAUUUAAAGAGCUAAUUAAUAUAUUUUUUGUUAUAAAACAAAAACCAAGAUUCUGUGGUAUAUUAAAUAUCCUUUAUAUAAAUCCUUAGCCUAAGCCUGAAUGUGCCUUGUAUAACUUUUUGGAAUGCCCAGUAAAUUCCUUUAAAAAACAACAACUGUUCUACAAAAUUCUAUGUAUCCAGUAUGGGCUGAAUAUGGGCCGGCCAAUAUACUCAACCCUGUAAAGACAAACUUGUAAUAUGUUCCAAGUUCUCAUGUCUGGGAGGACAGGAGACAUUCUGUCCUGGGCAGGGUUGCUCUCCCCUGUGAAGAGCAGAUCACAGGCUAGUUCACCAGUUUAUUGCCCCUUUUGGACAGAAAUGACUUGGCCAUUGUACUCCAUGCUCUGAUAACUUUCAGAUUGGAUUACCGCAGUGGGUUCUAUGAGAAGCUGCCCUUAAAUAUGACUCAGAAACUUCAAUUGGUCCCAAAUGCAGUGGCCAGAUUAUUGGCUGUGGUUCCAUUUAGAUCACAUAUAACCCCUGCCUUAAAAUGUCUGCAUUGGUUGCCAUUUCGUUUCUGGGCCCAAUUCAUGGUGCUCACAUUACAGUACUGGUUUAAAACCCUAAACGACUCAUGUCUCAAGAUGGGCUCCUUCCUCACAGUCCCUCUCAAUUUUUUUUAGGGAGGGGGUAACAAAGUUUUAUUCAUUUUCAUCUUUAUUUAAAUUGCUUGACAUGGUUGCAUUGAGAUAUAUCUUAGUUUACCUUAGAGUAUUUGACUUGCAACAAUUACAUAAAAUUAAAAAUAAGAAUAAAACAACAACAAACACUCAGAUAAACGUUUCUGAAUAGAUUAACAAAGUUGUGUCAAAAUGUGUAUACGGUACACAAAUUAUUGCAGUUAUUACAGAUAUUAAAAUAUGUAUAGUAAUGUGUAUUGCUUAGAUUGGUGACCAUAAGUAAACGGUAUUUUGUAUCAAUUACAAUUAGAAUUUAUAGGCGUUUAUAGGAAGGGGGAGUGAGGGGAAGGAAAAAAAAUAAAAUAUGUACUCCAUAUAUGCCAGAUUGUACUGGAAAAUGUGGGUACUAUUCUACCAUAUGCCUCAUUAUUUGUAUAAUCAAUAAAGUCACCCCAGGACCCUCUUUGGUGUUAAGAUCAGCAGAGGGUGCCCUCUUGGUAGCUCUGCUGCAUUCAGCAGCUUGGUGCCCGGGGAGAGAGUAUUCUUUGUGGCAACCCCUAAGUUGUGGGACUCCCUCCCCAUAGAGGUGUGUCUGGGAACUUUAUUACACAGUUUUUGGUGAAUGCUGAAGACGGACUUCUUUACUCUGGCAUUUGACACCUGAGAUGCAUAUUUUCAGCCCACCCUAUAUUUUCUGAUUACAGUUUUUGUAACUAAGUUUUUUAAAGUAUUUUUUAAUAUCGUACUUUAAAUUGCUGUAACCUGCCUAUGAACCUUAGUAUGAAGGGCAGGUAAUAAAUUGAAUAAUAAAAAUAAUAACUGCAUGGCUUGAUUGCAGAGGAAAUGUAUUUGUAAUAUGUUUAUUCAUAUACCUUGACUAUUUUUUUGAUAGGAUUAAGAAAUUUGAUUCCAUUUGGGAUACUGCCAGAGCAUAAUGGCUUUGAAAGUGGAAGAGAAUGAAUCUGGCAGAGGACUUGCUGGAUAAAUGCUCUGUGGCACCUGUUGGAAUGAGUCAGAAGCCAAUGCCUUUAUUUAACUUUACUAUGACUAGCUUUUAAAUGCCUGGCUGCUCUGCAAAAUGAAAUAUUGUCGUGUAUGUUUGCCCCUGAUGCAAAUAUUGGGCCAAAGGAUGACUUUAAAAGCAAAAGUUAGUGUAACUUUUGAGAUACACUUUGUUUUGGUAGGUUUGGUUUUGUAAGAUGUGUUUUUAAGUCCGUCAUGCAAGUCAUUCAUACUCGUGUACACUAAGCUAACAUUUUAAUAUAAGGAUAGUAGGGUUCUGCCUUUCAAGGUGAUGAACCACCUUGUAAAUAAAAAGUGCUGUGUAAAUGCUGAAUGCAAAGAAAGUGAAUCAAAUAAUGAGCAGAUCGCUCUUUUCAGAGAUCAGACAGCACACACUGUUAGUAAUUAGAGAACAGUAUUUUGUUUGCAGUGGGUGUUGGGUGUUCAAACAGUGCUUCUAUGUUUUCCUGGCUUGAGACAAGCUGCUUCUGCACAAUAUGCAGUAGUUCUCAGCUUGUGGUAAGCUAAUGCUGCCUGGUGGUGGGUGGAAGGGGGUAUUCCAUCCAGCACUAAGUUGCUAGAAUAUUAAACAUGAAGAAAACUGCUUUUUCAGGGCAAAGUUUUGAAAAAGGCUAGAACAUUCACAUAUUGAGGAUGAGAAUUAGUUACAAAAAUAGAUCUAAGGACGUGGAGGCAUUUCAGCCCUUCAGGACAGAGCUGACGGUUAGUAUAAAUUAAAAAGAAUAAAAUGGAACAAUCUAUAUACAGUGGUACCUCGGGAUGUGAACGGGAUCGGUUCCGGAACCCUGUUCACAUCCUGAAUAGAACGUAAGACGCGACUGCGCGGGUCGCGUUUCGCCGCUUCCGCACAUGCCCGUGACGUCAUUUUGACCGUCUGCACAUGCAUGAGCAGCGAAAACCAGAAGUAGCACACUCCAUUACCUCCAGGUCGCUGCGGAGCGUAACCCGAAAAUACUUAUCCUGAAGCAUAUUUAUCCCGAGGUAUGACUGUAGUUCAGUUUGCUUAUUAGUGGCUGACUUGGCAUCUUUAACUUCGUUUUCUGAAGUCUUGGGACCCUUUGCUACAUUCUCUUUUAAGAUACUGGGACUUCAUACAUCUAAGCAUGCAUUCUAGAGCUGUCGUGCUCCAAAAUGGCAACUAGACAUUCCAACUGUAACCUUGGUUUAAGGAGCCAUUUGGUACCUAGCUUAUAUAUCUGAGUUUCUAACACUGUUCUUACCACUAAGCUUACAUCAGACCCUCUCUUUUCCAGGAAUAACUAUGUAGAAAUAAAUAUGUUUAAAGUGUCUGGAUUUGCAUGUUUUUGCUUUAUUUAUUCAACAUAAUAUCCAGCUUCCUGAGUGUUUGUUCUGUGAUCUUGCCCCAUAGUUGCCAAACCAGAGAUCAAAAGAGGGGUGUGAAGCUAAAAGUGUCUGUGAAAGGGGGACACUGUAAGGGGAAUCUAAAGGAUUGAGAAUUGGAGCUUCAUCACUUUUGCAAAGUUUGCCUCUAGCAAAAUUAGUUGAUUAACGACUUGAGAGAAGUUUUGGUUUUUUCCUCAGAACCUGGAAUUUUUGUUGAGGGCUAGUUAGGGAUAAUGUUAUUACUCUCAGACAUUAAAUUUUUUAAAAAGCACAGUUCCUGUCUGAACUGGUGAGGAUUUCAGGAUUUCUUUCCCUGUUGCUGGGUAAAGAAGCCUCACAAACGUCUUUCAACCACCAACAUGAUUUCUGAUGUUAUAGAAGGCAUUUAGAUGAUUGAGCUGUUCUUCCCAGCUUGGGAGAAGGGGAGGGUUAAGAGUUUUUGAAAAUUUGUGGUGACAUUCCAAUGAUUCUUAAAUGGAGCCCAUAUAAAAAGUGUAAUAUUCACGCUUGCCCAGAGAGAAUUAAUUAUAGCACUUAGCAGAAGCUUUUAGUAGUUGUGGACUUGCCAAAUCCCAGGGUAAUAUCUUAGAACACAUUGUAAAAGCAAAUGGUGUCCUGCAAAAGAUCAACUCAUCCUCUCUUUCCCUUAUUAUUAUUCUCUCCCCAGAACUGUGGUCUAUUAUUAACUUGUGUGUAAAUUACCAUUCCCCUCCUCAGGGCAGGAAAAAUCACUGGCAAAUAAAAUCUUGAUGCUAGUGCCUUGAGAGUUUGAAGCAGAGUUGUAGUGCUACUGAUAGGAUAGUGUAGUGGUCAGUCAGUUUGGAUCAAAGCUUUGUUGCAAAGAGCCAAGCCAGUGCACUUAUUCACUACAUUGCUAUUGCACUUGCUAUUAUUCACAUUCUUAAUAGGUGGCCAAGGUUUAAUGAUUCAGAUCAUUGUUGAUGUCUUUGCUGAAGACUGGGGAGGAAGGGAGACAAGAGAAAAUAUGGGGACGAGGACAAUUUUUUGCAUUUAUAGCCAUUUUCUCCAUUUUUUAAGACUACUAUUAAAAAGUUGUCCAAGGCUAAAAGGCUCGUUUAGCCAGCUGGGGGCACCAAGUGAGCAGUGGGCCAAGUGGAAGAAGAUUUGUGGCCUGCAUUUGUCUGUUUCCUUCUAUUGCUGCUUUUAAUGGGUCAGUGGUUGUUCAUUGGAUUUUAAUUAGUUGUGCAUAUGGGGUUCCUUAUCUGGAUGCAUGUGUGUUCUUGUUGCCAGGAGUGAGUAAUUGUAUCCUAUGGAUAGGGAAAGGUGAUGUGUUUGUGAGGCAACUUUUCAAAACAGUAACCCAAAACCAAGUCAGACACAUGGUUUGCUUUAAGAUGGAGUUAGCUUGUUUUCUCCUUCUCUGAAGGGUAGGCCCUGAACCAAUGGAUUCAAGUUAUUAGAAAAGAGAUUCUGACUACACAUCAGGAAGAACUUUCUGACAGUAAGAGCUGAUCAACAGUGGAACUGUCUGUCUCGGAAGUUGGUGGGUUCUCUUUCAGUGGAGGUUUUUAAGCAGAGGUUGCAUGGCCGUCUGUCAUGGAUGUUUUAGUUGAGAAUCCUGCAUUGAAGGAGGUUGGAUCAGAUGACUUUAAGGGUCUGCUUGUAUGCUGCAGGCCCUCAGGCCUACCUGAUCAGACUUGACUUAUUGGUUUGUUAACCAACAUUGCUAGAGUUUACCAGUUGGGAUGUAAUGGAGAACUCCUGAUUAAUGCAGGCCAGGAUUUUUUCAGAGAAGCAGGCACACAGUGAAGGGAGGAAUGCACAAUCGUAGCCAAACCUCAAAUACAGUGAAUGUUUCAGUCCUAUAAAAGGGAAGGAGGCAUCCCAGUAUAAUCUAUUUCCUUCCCAGUAUGUGCAAUUCUGGCUUGAACACUUGCCUUUGUCCUUCCUUUGGAACAUAAUUGUGUACAACCUUUGGCCAGGGUCCAAGCUUUUUUUAUAUUGCAGGACUAUAAUUUGGAAUCAUUAAUUAAUUGACAUAUCCAUCUGGCCACUCUGUAAUUUCAGAAAUUGCUUUGUAGAUGCAGUUAUUUUAAUCUGUACUACAAGCUCUUUGCAAACAAAUUGUGAAUAUGCAUAGUGCUCUGUUGGUUGAAGGCUUAUAGUCUUUCAUGAUUCGUCAUAGUACUUUUAUUUGGUUAUAUAGCCAUAGAUCAUAAUAAGUGAAAUCUCAGAGCAGUAUUUUAAAACAGAAAAUGACAUGUGCAGUAUAUUUCAUGUAAUGACACUGUAUUCAGAAUCAACUAAGACUAAAUAUGCAAGUAAUUGCCAUGUUUCAUCAGAAAACCACAUUUGAUUUGUGUUUUUAUAUUAAAUAACUCUCAGUACGAAAAACUGCAGUUGAUUUCUACUUCAGUUUUUGUGCCCUGCUCCCCUGCAAGGAUAGGAGGGGGAAAACCCCAUGUGUCUAUUUGCCUGGAUUCCUAAAAUUUUUGUGCUGGUAUCUAUGGAUUCAGAAUAGUUUUCAGUCCUAAUCAGGGAUAACUCUUGAUGCUGGCUGCAAAGAAUUUGGCACAUUUCUAGAAGUCAUUUGUUGAAGUGAUAAGUUUAACUAUGUGAUAGGAAUACGUUCCCAUGUAAUCUUUACUGCUGCCUUGGAUGCUCAGGCUUGUUGUCAGGCUUUUGCGGCUUCGAAAUAGUAAGUCAGUUGCCUUCAGUUCACUUGAAAGAAGUAAUUUCAAAGUGAUACAGCCAUAUGUAAUCUGAAUGAAGUUACAGUGGUGCCUUGCAAGACGAAAUUAAUUUGUUCCGCGAGUUUUUUCUUCUAGCGAAUUUUUCGUCUUGCGAAGCACAAAAUCCCAUAGGAAUGCAUUGAAAAUCAAUUAAUGUGUUCCUAUGGUCAAAAAAAGGCCAAACAAAGCCAAAUUUGGUACAACAAGAGUUUAUUAAGUGCUCUUUAAAGUCACACAUACUGUAAAGAGCAUUUCAAAAUUCAAACCCAUAAUUUUUUUAAAAAAACAGCAGAGUUACCCAAUGGUCACAGAAAAUCAUAAAAAUGCAGAAAAAAAACAAGCUUCCAGAUUCUUGCAAACCCCUCCCCAACUGUUCCCCCAGCCACCCAGCACACAGAAAUUCAAAUCCAGAAUUUUUUUAAAAAAACAGCAGAGUGGCCCAAUGGUCACAGAAAAUCAUAAAAAUGCAGAAAAAAACACACAAGCUUCCAGAUUCUUGCAAACCCCUCCACAACUGUUCCCCCAGCCACCCAGCACACAGAAAUUCAAAUCCAGAAUUUUUUUUUCAAAAACAGCAGAGUGGCCCAAUGGUCACAAAAAACCAUAAAAAUGCAGAAAAAGAAACAAGCUUCCAGAUUCUUGCAAACCCCUCCCCAACACCAAGUCCUUGAAUUCCAAACACCCCAACCCAAAAUCCAAAAACCCCCAAAAAAGUUUUAAAAGUUUAACUUACCAAAUGGCUGCAAAAGAAGUUCUGGAAAAGCUUCAAAAAUCACCAAAGUCUUUAAAAACCUCAAAAAAGGCUACUAUGUACACUGCGUUCUAUGAGUUGCUCCUCGAAGUCAAGUCGCAACUGUAUUAAUGGUGUUAAGAAAAAGGAAACAAACUUGCAAGACGUUUUCGUCUUGCGAAGCAAGCCCAUAGGGAAAUUCGUCUUGCGAAGCAGCUCAAAAAACAGAAAACCCUUUCGUCUAGCGAGUUUUCUGUCUUGCGAGGCAUUCGUUUUGCGGGGCACCACUGUAGUAGGAAAUGUAAACUAGUGUCAAUAGUGAAUUGUUCCAGUCUUCAUACUUUCUUGAUUUAGUCUUCAAUCUUAAACAUAUUUUUUGUUGAAGUUGAAAGGAUUUACUUCCAGGUAAGCACAAUUAGUAUUGGCCUAGCAAAUUACAUCUUGGAAUAUAAAUUAUUUUUCCUUUUUUGGUUCUAAUGCAAAGGUUCUUACCGUGCUUCACAGUCAAGUUAUUUUUCUUAUGACUUCCAGGUGCUGUUUAGUUAAUGUUUCAUAAAAUGCAGUGUCCUUCUUCAUUGCCUGUAAUAGCUUGCAAUUCCUCUUUAUAAAGAUGAGUUUAGAUUGAGAUGUUUUUGUUGUAUUAUUUCUUCCCUCAGUCACAGUGGCUUCUUUUCUUUCUUCUGUUACCCUAAUCCUCCCUCCUUUUCUCCUCCUCAUUCCAUUUCACUUCUUGAAAGUUUGAUACUGCAAUCUCAGUAAGAUGAGAAUACCAAGAGAGUGGGGAAAUAUUUGAAAACUCUUAAGUGACAGCAUCAAUUUUUAUACAAACUGCUGCCUGAAAUUUUCCUAGCUCAGAGUAUCAAAGUAGAGGCAAAAAAAGAAAGAAAAGACUGCUUUCCGUUGAAGGAAGGAUGUUGCUUAGUCAGGACCCACUAGUGGGUCAUAGCCUGAUCCAAGUUGGGUCACAACAGGAGCACAACCACCAUGCAGAAGAUUAAGAUAAUAAAAAAUUAAGAAAUGGGUCUCCAAAUGCCUGUUUGGGUUAAAAGUGGUUCCAUGGUCUGAAAAGGUUGAGGAUAACAUGUAAGUGCCACAUGUCUCAGAAUAAAAGUCCUAGUUCAAGCAAGUGAACAUAUUACAGGCAACUCCCAAUUUAUGUGUGUUCUAUUUCUGUGCAACUGUACACAUGCAUGGUGCUGGGUACCUGGAAGUGGUACUCAUAAAUGGGGAGCACCUGGGCAACCAAGCCCUGCUGUUCCUCCAGCUCGUGUGAGUACUAUAUCCCCUAAACAUGUCUGUUAUGGGUGUGGCCCUUAGCAGUUACAGUUUCCCAGUAUUUUGCAGCUUCAGUGAACAUGGAAAACCCUUAUCACAGUAUGAUAAACUGAAAUAUUUUUUGUUAGUUGAAUACCUCUGUUUUCUGAUUAUAUGACUGAAUUGCUAAACAAUUAAGGGAUAGUACGAUACCAAGUCAGCACUAUGUAGAGUGUUCAGCAUUAUGAAACAACCACUACAGAAGCAACAUGAGCUUUCAGCGAGUAUUCCUUUGGGUUGUAUGCUUCUCCAUCCUGAUCAAAGGCUGCCUGUCAGGAGGAUUUAAUGGCACUUCUGGUUGGGAUAAGUGCACUUUCCAGACCCUGAAAUAUUCAAGGCAGAUGUUCAGCCCCUCCCUUUAGUUUGCUGAGAACACUGUUGCACCAUCCUGUUGCAGCAGGCUUUCUUUCCAUAUGGAAUCUAAAGAUAGCAGGGAUCAAAUUUCACUGAGUUUUUGCCCAGUGAUGAUUCAAACUGUUUAAACUUCACAUUUCCAGUUUGUAGUUUCGUCCUUCAGAAUGUCAAAUCCUUAACUGCUGCCACACUCCAAUGCUGCUUAAUUGCUCUUACUUAAUUGCUGCUGCUUCCACUUCCUAUAAAAUGAUGCCACCUCUCAAAACACCAUAGUCUGAAAUACUGAUUUGUUCUGUAACCAUAGGUUAGAGCAAACUAUAGUUCCCUAGGUUCAUUCAUGUGUGUUUAGAAUUGCUUAGUUAUAAAGCUAAAAUGGAAGUUUUUUUUAUUUUCUCCCCAGUGCAUGUGCGCGCGCGCAUAUGUGCAUAAGCCUGAAAGUCGAACAGGCUCAUUUCUGACAUAAUGCCAAACCAUAGCUUAACGUUAUGCUUUUAAAGUUUAUCCUAUUGAGUGUAAAGGGGCUAAAUCCCUGUCUGUUUUGGGGGGGUGAAGUUUUCUGCCUCCUGCUCACAAUUAGUUUCAGGCAAAGGAAGAGAGAGGUUGGACUUGCAUGUUCUUUUCAGUGGAAGGAUUGACAUUUGUUUACUUUGCUUUCACCCUAUUCUGAGGCAACUCUUGUCAGCCAUGGGUUAAGCACAUGCUUCUCAGUGAGGAGAGAUACAGGCAUAAGGCCCAUCAAGCCUUUCUGACUAUCCUCACAGAUCUACUUCAUUUGAACCUAGGUUUCCUACAGCCAAGCCUGAUGUUCCAAUCAAUCCACAGUCAACACUACUUCCCUUUUUGGCAUCUGUUCCCAGCUAUUCUGCUUUCCUUUAGAAAAUGUUCUCUGCUGUAUCACAAACAAGCAUGACAUCUGAGAUUGGUGGGUUGGAGCCAUCGAGAAUGACAUGCACUCAAGGAAAUUGAAUACAGUGGUACCUCAGGUUAAGAACUUAAUUUGUUCUGGAGGUCUGUUCUUAACCUGAAACUGUUAUUAACCUGAGGUACCACUUUAGCUAAUGGGGCCUCCCGCUGCCGCCGUGCCACCACCGCACGAUUUCUGUUCUCAUCCUGAAGCAAAGUUCUUAACUCAAGGUACUAUUUCUGGGUUAGCGGAGUCUGUAACCUGAAGCGUCUGUAACCUGAGGUACCACUGUACAUUGAAGAAAGAUGUUAGGUGGUGCCGCAUGAACUGAGUGUCAGUCUAGAACACACACCAAAAUAUUGUCAUGUGCAGAAAUGGCUCAUCAGCUGAGUCUUUAAGUAAGAAGUGUACUCUGAAGGUAGAGCUUUAUAUUGUAUUUAUUUUUACUUCAUUUUAGUAGUUGUGAAAGUUGAAGAAAGCACCCAUGUUUCAAAAUGAAAACUCAAAAUGCAUAGUUCUAUUAAGGCUUUAUUUCCAUAUUGGUUUUCUGUGUUCACAUUAAUUUCACACUCAUUUUAAGACUUGACUUUUUAAUGACAAGGAUAGCUUUUGUUAUCACCUUGCCAUGGCGAUCUCUGUUUAUUGAAUUGUAGUACAUUGUAGAAGCCAACAGUUGUGAUAAAUGCUUUUAUGCAGCUUAUUCAUUUGUCUGUUUUAAGAGAUUAUAUUUACUUGUGAAGUCUCACAGGCAGAGUGAAUGCACCUGUAUAGCUUCAACACUGCUUGUAGGCCCAUGUCUUGUGGUGGUUUACCUGGAAAAGAGAUAGGAUGAGCUCUUUACUUAAAUGAGCUUUGUGUAUUGAGUAUUCAUGCAUGUUACAAGAGUUCUUUGGGGAGAAUGGAAAGGGAGCUACUUCUGUUUUUUUUAAGAACACACACACACAAAAACGGAGAUUAUACGAAUGGAAGCUUGGUGGAGCAAAAAUAGAGCAAGUCCUAAAAUUUCAAUACCUAGGAGUUAUUUUUCAAUACAAUUUGGGGUGGAAAGCACAUAUUCAACACCUACUUAAUAAGGCCAAAACUCUGUCAUAUGCGCUCCUCCGAUUUUUCUUUUCGGAUGGAGCUUUGCAUGUUCCUCGGCCCUAAAGGUGUUCAAGGCAAAAGUGGUUCCCGUGCUUGCUUAUGCUGCCCCGCUCUGGGUCGUGAUGACAGACCUUGCUCCUCUUGAGACUUUGCAAAACCAAUUCCUACGUCGGCUCCUAAUGCUCCCCCUGUGCGUAAGCAACGCAGCCAUGCGUUUAGAAUUGAGGAUCGCAUCCUUAGAAACCUGCCUGUGGAAGCAAGUCUUCAAUUACUGGUUAUCAUUGUGGCAUAGAUUACCAGACCAUUACCUUGCCCAAUGCUUAUGGCGAGAUGAAUUCCCCAGCCUUUGGACCAGUAGAAUUCAUGCCAAACUCCUGAGCUAUGGAAUCUCUCCCUUAGAUUCCCUAAAACUAGAUCAAAUUACUGCUCAAAGACUGAUCCGCCAAAGACUGGAUGACAUCGAUUUACAGCAAAAUUAUAUGCUGGGGGGAGGUGUUUGUUCGCCCCAGAACAUUGGUAUCACUUUAACUUAUUGCGUUCCAUCAUACCUCUCCUCCCUUUCGACUGUUGCCCAUAGGCUGGCCUUCACCAAAGCGAGGUUUAAUGUUUUCCCUCCAAUGUCCUGAGACAUAGAUUCUCAAAGGGCCAAACCUCCGCCAUGUGCGAAUGUGAUAAGGAGAUGCCGGAGUCGCUUCAGCACAUUAUGUUCACUUGCCCCUUAUUUAAGGUGCCACGGGCAAACUUGUUGGGAUCAAUCAUACAGAAAUUAGAGGGUACUCCACCAAAAUUCCACCUUGCCCAAAUCUUGCAGGAUAAGGAUGCCCAUACGACCCUGAAAGUGGCUAGGUUCCUGGUCGCUGUCCUUACCCAAAAGCGUCGCCAAGGAGCACCACAAGCUAAUUAAGGCGUAGUAUGCCAUUCCAUCUUAUAGUAGCUUAUUGUUAUAGUAGUGUUUUAGCGGCUGUUUUUUUCCCAUGUGCACAGGCUGUUAUUUAUGUCUUGUUUUUAUCUGUAUGGGCCUACGGCCGUAAUAAAUUAUUAUUAUUAUUAUUAAGAGUUCUUUGGGGAGAAUGGAAAGGGAGCUACUUCUGUUUUUUUUAAGAACACACACACACACACACACACACACACACACACAAAAACCACAAAGCAGACUUUGCUCUGGGUAAGCAUAGGAAGCUACAAAGUCCAGGUUUUAGAGUAUUUUGGCUUUUUAGCUCAAUAUUGUUUGCUUGUGAUUGGCACAGAUCGCAGGCAGAGGACUUUCAUGUCACCUGAUUCUUUUAACUGAAGAUGCUACGGUUUUGACCAGGUACCACCUGGAUGCUCAGCCAAUGUGCUAUUACACUUUUUUCUAGACACUUUUGGCAAAGAACAGUAUUAUAUCUAAUAGGUUUCUUUUUUUAGCACAGAAUACACUGAUCAGCAGGGUUUGCAGACGGUUGUAAAAGCUUUUUUUUAAUAAUGAUUUAGGAUUAUUCAUGUUCCAUGUAUUACCUUGCAAGUCAAGAUAUUUUAACUUUUAACCAUGGGAACACAGUUUCCUUGAUUGCAACUGUCUAUAUCCAAUCAAAUCCAAUGCAAUCGCUAGCAUACACCCCUAUAGCAAAGUCCAAAUUGAUUUGACUAUCCACUUGUACCAUAGAUAAUGCAUGUGAAAAAUCUGUGUAAAUGUUUUUUUAAAAGGCAACUAUGGGGUGCGGCGCUCAUCUCGUUUCAGGCCAAGCGAGCUGGCAAUUGUCCACAGAUAGCUUUCUGGGUCAUGUGGCCAGCAUGACUAAACCACUUCUGGUGCAACGGGACACCGUGAAGUGCUGUUUAGCUUCCUAACGAAACGUUACCUAUUUAUCUACUUGCACUGGUAUGCUUUCCAACUGCUAAGUUGGCAGAAGCUGGGACAGAGCAACGGGAGCUCACCCCACUGUGUGGAUUUGAACCCCCAACCUUCCGAUCCACAAGCCAAAAGGCUCAGUGGUUUAGACCACAGCACCACCCACUCCCUAAAAAUCUGUGUAGGUGCUUUGCAAGGAGGGGUGUAAGCGAUGCCAGACAUGGGCAGCUUUCCUUUCCUAAUCCAGUGUUAGCCAUUUCUGAUGACUCAGUUGACCUCAAAAACAUUUGAGACACACAGAUUACAUUUCUAGGUUACCAGAAAGGAGAGAUCCAUACCAAGAUAGAACAAAGGCAGCUAUUUAGCAAGAUGGCAUCUUCCUGGGUUCUGUACAACAAUGGGGAUGUGUAUGUAAAAGACUUUAAUUCCUUCAUAUGCAUUUCUGUGGUCCAAGUAGUUAAUUUAAUCUGUUUUGCCAUUGCUACAGGGCUAUACGUUAUGGAUAGGUGCAAGAUACGACUAUACAAUGCUGCUGAUGAAUAGUGUCUCAUUGUGGUUUGCCCAUGUGUUACUAAACAGCAGGAUGCAAGCAACAGGUUUUUCACAUCCAGUCAGAAGCAAGUUUCUACUGCUAAUCUGUUUUUGUUUUAACUCAUUUACCACUCUGUUAAUAAAGUAAUUCCCACAUACUCUUUAAAAAAUGCUGUACACAUUUUCCCAUUUAGAUAUUAGAUAGAAAAAGGGAAGGUGGAAUGAGUACAUUUUGAUGCUAAGUGUUUCCAAAAUUGCCUGUAAUAUAUAUGGGACCAAAUUAUUUCUAGGUCUGUUAAGAAAUGAACAAGAAAUGCUUCCUCUCAUACCUACCUAGAAAUCAUGCCCUCUAACUUAAGGAAUAUUUCUGUAUGGAUCCUCAAUGCUGAAGGGGCAGAAUAGAAUUCUUCAUAGUAAAACAAAUAAAUUGUAUAUGCAUGUAGGGAUGUUCAAUGAAGAGGAAAAGGCUCUAUCCACGCAUCCUCAAAGACCCUCUUCAAUAUUCCUUUACUUGUUCCAGAACUCAGCCUGAUCCUUCAGCUAAGCUUUGUGGAACCCCUGUUACUUGUUCAUGCUAAUAGAUAGCUGAAUGCAUUUUGCAGAAAAUGAAAAAGUCUGCAGUUGGUCCUGAUUGUGCAGCUGUUGAAGGCACAAGAACCCCAUUUCCCCCAAUGCCAACCCUGAACUAAAAUUCAGGCAGCUGUCCUGGGAAUAAUUUUUAUUAGACAGAAAGAGGCUACUGAGUAGACAUGUAUACCAUGGUACUGUAGGUGAAUGUAGUGAAUUAUUAACAAGUACCUGAGCCACUUCUAAGCCUCUUUUCACAUUUUGUGUUGGCCAUUCAGAAAUAGCGUUCUUUAACUCAAAUUUAUUGUGUAGUACAGAGGUCCCAAACUGGUAUGUGAACUUCAUUUAGGUUGUCUAUGAAAUAAAUUUCUGUUAGGGUACAAUAAAAAUUCAUAUCCCAUCUAGCCUAGUGUGUUACAUUUGCUACAACAGGCAGAAAAAGUUAGUGGUCUGCCAAGACUUUCAACAGUUUUCAUGUGGUUUUUGAGUGGGGAAAAGUUGGGUAACCACUGGUGCAGUAUUUUGUUUACUGGAGACAAUAUGCCUCUGAUUGCCAGUUGCUGAAAACUGCAAGUUGGGAGAGUGCUCCUGCUUUUAGACUAUGUUAGACUUCCUAUAGGCAUCUGGUUUGCUACUGUGAGAACAGGAUGCUGAACUUAGAUGGAACUUUGAUCUUCAACAGGGGUGUGAGUGGGGCUCUGUGUGGGUUUUUGUGUUUGUGUGUGUGUGAGACACUAUCCUAAAACCAGCACUUGAGGCUUGGAUCUUAAGCCUUUCUAUAAAUUGUCAGCUGAGGAAUGUCAUGCUACAGUAGUUGUUAUGGACUGGGGGUAGCCAGUAGCUUUGUGCUGCUGCUGCUGCUGCUUCUGCUGAGAGAGAGAGAGAGAGAGAGAGAGAGAGAUAUCCCUGCAUGCCUCAUGUGUCCUCUCACUGUGCUUAACAAAAUACAAUUGGUACAUAUUAAAAUAUGGUUAUUCUGCCUGUAUUGAAUAGUUUUUGUGUGCACAUAAGCUCGCUACUGCACGUUACAUAUUUACAUAAUUAAAUAUACGGGAAGCAAAACUAAGGAUACUAGUUUGCUGUGACUGCAAAGCAGAAUUCUAGGAAAUACCUAAUUAAACCAUGUAAAAGUUUGAUUCCCUAAAAUUCACCUAGGUUUUUGGAUGUAUACCCUAUUUGGUAGUACAGUGGACGCUCGGGUUGCGAAUGUGAUCCGUGUGGGAGUGUUUACUAAACAAUUUAGUGUUUCUGCACAUGCACGAGUGUCGAAACCUGGAAGUAACCCGUUCCGGUACUUCUGGGUUCGGCGUGGUGCGCAACCUGAAAAUGCGCAAUCCGAAGUGUCUGUAACUCGAGGUAUGACUGUAGUAAUUAUCUGAGGCAAUACCACUCACAUUGGAUUAAGUAUGUUUUGAAAAUGGCUAAAUAGGUUGAUGGUCAUUUCACAGAUUGCUGAGGGGGUUGGGACUCAGAACAGGCACAGGGUCUGUGGAGUAAGAAUUGUUUGAAGAAACUGCCUUCCAUGGCUACUGGAACUUUACUGCACUCCAUUGCAAAGCUUUAAGCAGCUAUUGCCAUAAUUUUUAAAAAUCUGUUUUUCACAACCAUGAGUUUUAGUAGCAUUACAAAAAGGGGGGGGCGGUUCUUAGAAUUACGGAUGCAAGAGAAGUCUCAAAGUUCAUGUUGUUGCAGCCAUGUACUAAACCAAGCAUCUUUGCAUUGUAAUUGCCGAGCAGUUAGAAUGUGCUGGUGGGGCUUGGGAGCAGUAGUGGCAGGUGAUUAAAAAGGGGAAAGAGAGGAGUUUCAGAGUGAAUGUCCUCCCGUGUGGACCAGCUACAAGAUACGGUGUGACUUGUUGAGCUGUCAGUGCAAAAACUCCAUGUUGCAGGUUUUUCUCGGAUUAUAAGGGCUAGAGCAGGGGUCUGUAACCUGUAGAAUUUUAAGAGGGUACUUGUGGGCGUUGCCACAAAAUGACUGCCAUAGGAAGGCAUGGAGAGUCAUAAAAUGGCUGCCAUAAAAUAGUUAAUUACAAAAUGUUGGGAGGUUCCAAACAAGGCUCCUCCCCUGCCCCAAACCUAGUGAAGCAUGUGGGCCACACAAAGGGGACUGCAUUCUGUAUCAGAAAGUUGUCAGCAGAAAAUAGCACACACAUACAAUCCCUCCGCCACCUGAAUGUGGAGUUAGCCUGAAGGAAAGCAAGUGGGACACACAGUUUGAUAACUUAUUAAGAACGGCUUUUUCUCUGAUGGGACAGUGAGAAGAAAUGGGGGCUGGGGAGGAAAUAGCAGAAAGUGAUAGAAUGUUUCUUUCCAAAGCAUAGUUCCUCCCAAAUUCAGAAAUAGGCUUCCACGGAGUGUUGCUAUUUAUGAGGAGCUUCAUGCUGAGGGAAAUAAAUGAACCAACACAAAAUGAACCAACACAAUUCAGAACCAACACAAAAACUGAAAGGAGAGAGAAACAUGUUGAUCCUGGACUCAGCUAUGCAGCUGCAAAUUAAACGGUUAUGUGUAUUGUAAAGUGCAAUAUACAAAUUAACAAUAGAUGAUGGCAGUGAGCUAUGGAAGUUCAAUAUAUUUUUCAAAACCUUUAAAAAAAAGCAUUUUCACAGUGUUUUUUACAUGUGUGUAGAUUCUACCCAGGUCCUAAAAGGGAAUGGGUUUUUUUUAUUAUUCCUGCAUUCAAGCUGGGGAUCAAAUCUCCAAAAUAUAAUUGAUUGUGCAAAGGUAGCAGUGAGAUUAAUAUUGAAGACCACAAAAAGGGUUUUAAAAAUAUAUUAAGAAAAAAGAGGACAGGAAUUUAGCUCUUUCUUCCAAAAUCCAAGUGUCCUCACAUCACACGAAUGGUCAUUGCUAUUCAAAACUUUUAAGAGCACUUUCCUUUCCUUUUUUCAGAAAUCCAUGCAACAGGAUUCAACUACCAAAACGAAGAUGAGAAAGUGACCCUCUCUUUUCCCAGCACACUUCAAAAAGGUAAAGGGUUUCUCUACAAAUGUUGGUUUAGAAGCUAGAUGGCUCAGUAGAGGUCCAAAACAUUUUGCACCUCAUCCCCAGGGUAGGAUUUUCUUCUGUUGGAAUAUGUUUUUGAAAACUCAUCCUUCCCUGUAUUUCUCAAUAUGUUGGUAAUUGAACCAAAUAGAAUCCAGUUUCUUAAAGCUCAAGAAACUUUCCAAAAACCUUUAAAGCCCUAGUAACUGGAAACUGCCUCAUAUUUAGUUGACUUGAAUUUUCAUAUGAAUUUGAAUGGGAUUGAAGUACAGUUAAUCUAGUCUGGAUCCAAUUUAGUAACUGUCCCUCGGUAGGAGUUUAUGUGCACUAUUCGUCAUGCUGUGCCAAUUCAUUACAAAGUAGAAGUAGAUUAAAUUCAUGUUGAGUGACUCUUCUGACCAGGUUUGGGCUUUGUAUAGUAAUGUGAUAUGCUAGUCUUCAUGCCUGUCUUUGUAAUGAUGUUGGCUUCACGCCACCCACACUUUUGAUUGUAGCCACAUAUAUACAUCUGUAUGUCAGCUGAAGGAUAAAACUUUGUACAACUGGCAAAGUGGGCUCUGGUCCACAGAUGCUGUGUCACAAUACAUUUUAAUCCGUGUGUGCUACCAGAUUCCGGCGUGUUUCCUGCUGUUUGCUAACACUCCAGUCCCUCUGGGAAUGCUAAUACUAGUCCAGCCAUCAUAGAUGCUACUACACAGAAGCUACUACACAGAAUAAGAAAGGAACUGAAAUUAAAAUAAAGUAUGUCAACAAGCACAGAAUAUGUCAACAAGCACCGAAAUUCAAUACUGAGCCGAAUGAAGAGGGAUUUUGUCACAACUUUUGCAAACAUUUGCUCAUGGUGGCAGAAGUGGAGUGUUGAGAAACUGAGAGCAAAUAAAAACUCUCACCUAAAACAAAGAAUAAACGUUUUCAGUUACCCAUAAAGAAACUUUGCUUAUAAAAACCAAUGAAAUGCUAUGCAUAGUAUAUAUUGUUAACCCCCAAAACUAUAAUGACUGCAAGCCUGGUUAGAGAUCUUGCAGUGUUGUGUAGCAACAGGUUACAGGUGAUCAAGAUUCCCCCUUGGAAACUCUCCUUCAAUAUGUACUGUUACCUACCCUGUUUUGUCACCAUUUCAUAUAUUCCCUUCCCCAUCUCCUACUUCAUACCAUUGCCUUCUGCUUAUGUGAGAUGAUCAUGGAAAAAAAACUAAUGUUUUCUUUGCCUCACCAAGACAGUCUAUUCUGUGGGGCAAGUUAAUGUCCAUUGUGGUGAAUAUGACACAGGUUAAGCAAUAGUACACAUUCUGGAGGGGAUAAAUCAACAUGAGGAUACUGUCUUGAACAGCAGCCUUAUUGCAGUCUUUUUCCUUUUUUUUUUUUCAGUCUUAACAUAUAGUUGGCCUCCAAAAAGCUGUCAUUAUCACCUUGGUUUAUGAAGCUGGCUUGCUUUCACUAAAGCAUAAUUAUUAUUAACCACAGUUUAGUGCUUGGAUGAUAUGCCAAACUGCAGUUUAUGUAAAGUGGAAGCAGAGGCUUACAAUAUCUUCCUUAUGGUUGCACUGAGGGAGUGGGGGGGGGGCAUGGAAGCUCUGGGAAAGCUGGUUUAGCAGAAAGACCGAAUGCAGCCACUGGACUCUGGUGAGCUGCUUCAGCACACUUGGGGUUGGGCAUGAUGAGGUAGAAGUUGAUGCUUCUUGAACUAUUCAGUUUUAUUCAUGAUAUUAUUCUAGAAUAAUUAAAUUUCACUUUGAUGGGUACUUUUAAUGGGUAGUUGAUGAGCUUCACCUUUCAAAAGUAGGUGAUGGUAUGAGUUGUGAUGAGUGGCAGAAUGAAUUUGACCAACAGAAUUGUUUGGUGUUCAUCAUCAGCAAAACGUGCUGUGGGAACAUUUGCCAUGUGCUUUUCUGUUUGGAGCUGGAGGCAGAUGAGCUAUUUAUGCUAGACAGAUCUGUUUGUUGAUACCCAUAAAGUGUUCAGCUGAACUUUGGUUGGUGCUGCUUCAGGCAUUUAAUGCACAACUGCUGGUCAAGUUAGGCUACAGUCAGCACUGAAAUUUUACACACUGCUUUGAAAAUUAGUUUAAAAAACAAAGCUCCUAAAUGCUCUGCUCUAUAAACAAAUUAUUAUAGGUUGAUCCAGACAUUAUUUUGCUGUAUUCGGCAACUUACAAAGAUGGCAUUGUCAGUUUUAUUCCUACUCCCCCCCCCAAAAAAAAAUCCAGAAUGCUGGUCAAAUUUUACUCAUGAUAUUUAAUCAGCAGGUAUCUAAUUUGCUGGUCUGGAAUAGCUUCUAAAACUUAAACCUUCACUCAGGCCUGGAAAAACAACCCCAAAUUCUUGUGCUGUUAUCAAACAUUUUAGAUGCCAGGAUAAACGGGCACCUGAGAGUUCUGUGCUCUGUUUUCCAUCUCUGCUUUUAAGUGAUACAUCAUAUGCUUUCCUCUGAGUUCAGAUCAUCUGUGUGUGACUUCAGCUUCUUCCCUGCCAUCUUAUGCCGUGGAAUAGCUUAACAUGGAACAGCAGAGUUCUCCUCUUUAUUCACCAUGUUGUGUUCUUCCUCUAGGUAUGCUUCUGCAGCAAAACAUUUUUUUGAGUUGUCCAGGACUUGUAUGACAAGCUCUUUUCACUGCUACUUGGCUCUAGUUCCAUCCCUGCCUCCUAUCUCCAAGUCCAAAUUCCUACUUUGCUUAACUAAUCUAGGUUAGAAGUCUUCAGGGCUUGGACUCUACAUACACUUUGGUUUUGCUGCAUUAAUAUGUAGUGAUGGUGUUAAGGUUGUGAAUCCCUAACCUCCCAGCCCUAGCAUCCUUACCACAGCACCCUUGCAUUAAUCCACAUAAUCCUGAUCUGCAACAAGAGAGGAGGUGCCAUUUACACUAGAUAAAUUGCAUCUUAAUUGGAAUAUGCUUGAAACAUAUUGCAUCUCAAGGCAUUUGGAGAGGAAACAAGUUAUUCCAAAGGGACAACAAAUAGUCCAAACACCCUUGCCCAUUUGAAUAUUCUGGAUGGAGCACAUCCACACAGCAAGUCUUCAUAAACUGUCUUCCUCUUUUUAAUCACAGGAAUGGGGACGUUAAAAAUAGAUUUUGUUGGAGAGCUGAAUGAUAAAAUGAAAGGCUUCUAUCGAAGUAAAUACACCACCCCUUCUGGAGAUACUCGCUACGCUGCUGUUACCCAGUUUGAGGUAUGGACUCCUAUGAUUUGUUGUCUACCAUUUCCAUUAAUACUUUCAUUGGAAGUAGCAUGUCUUGUACAUGUACCCUAGAGUCUCUAACAAGACAAUUGUGUACUUUCUUAGCUGUAGCUAAUCUGCUGUUGCCUCUUUAGAAAUCCACCUGUUUCCAUUUCUUGUCAAUGAAGCAGCUGUGAUCUAGUAGCUGGUAGAGCCUUAGGUAAUAAACAGUGUUUUGGAAAGGGCUAAAAUUCACUGAUAGUCCUUGUUGUAAACUGUGUAUCUCUCCCCCCACUCCCCAAUAUUUAAUUUUUUUAACAGAAGCCUGGGAGAUGGAAAGAGUUGUCCAAGAUUUAACAUUUGGUUACCGUAUUUUUCGCCCUAUAGGACGCACUUUUCCCCCUCCAAAAAUGAAGGGGAAAUGUGUGUGCGUCCUAUGGGGUGAAUGCAGGCUUUCGCUGAAGCCUGGAGAGCGAGAGGGGUCGGUGCGCACCAACCCCUCUCGCUCUCCAGGCUUCGCGCAGCUCUCCGCAAGCCGUGGGAGCCCGGCGCUAGUCAGCAGCUUGUUGGGCUCCCACGGCUUACGGAGAGUUGCCUGCAUACUGAAGCCUGGGCGCACUGAGCUCAGCGCACCCUGGCUUCGAGCUUUGUGCAGCUCUCUGCAAGCCGUGGGAGCCCAACAAGCUGCUGACUAGCGCCGGGCUCCCACGGCUUGCGGAGAGCUGCCUGUUCUGGGGGCUGGGGUCGGGGGAAGCUCGGGCUUCCCCUGCCCCAGCCCCGCGCCUGGGGGGGAAAUAAUUUUUUUUUACUUUAUUUCCCCCCCAAAAAACUAGGUGCAUCCUAUGGGCUGGUGCGUCCUAUAGGGCGAAAAAUAUGGUAUGUGUAGGGGUGAGGUAGGAAGUCUACUGGAAAAGCCCCACCUCAAACCCUGCCUGGUUUCUGACCCUUUACCAGAAACUGUACAGUUUUUUUUGUAAUUGAUCUGCAUCUACUAUCCAUGUGGAAUAAGUGGAUAAUGCUUUUGAUUUAAACCUUGGAAGAAUUAUUUCAGUCAUUGAUUGGCUGAUGAACUAAGGCCUGAUUGGCCCUGAAUAAGUUACAAGCUGUGUCUGUUUGUUUGUGUCUGUAAAACGGCUUCCUAAUAACCUUCCUCACAUUGAAAGGACAAGGAUUGAAACGAAUUUUGUACACCAAGGGAGUAGCAGUCCAUGGGGCCGUGUUGUUCACCUGGCUUCCAAAUACUGAGCAUAGCUGCCAGUUCCUCUGAGGGGAGGGGUGUGGGUGUGGCGGCAGCACCAAUCUGACUCUCCUGCUUCUGCACCUGCAGUGCACUUGCUCACCUCACUCACGCUCCUCUCAAGAAGCAGUAACAGCACUGCAACAAGCUGGUGACUAGUGCUUGCCUUGCUUGUACCACCUCACUGGCUGCUACUGCACCAAAUAUAUAAUAGAAAGGAGCUUAUUAAUAGGAACCGUCAGGGAUAGAAGCAAAAUACAAGAGCUGCCAAGUAGAAUUAUUAUGCCUCUCCAAAUUUUAUGCUUCCGGUCUUCUUCAAAUUUAAUGGCUUUCAGUGUAGUUUUGUGCAUGCUUCUUGAAUACCUGUAAUUUUUUUUCUCAUUUCCUUGGAUCUUUCUUUUCAUUUGCCUUCAUGUUCCCCGUUGUUGGUCUGCAGUACAUUUCUGUGUUCCUCUGUCCAGGUUAUCUAAAGACUGUAUUCUACUUGGAAAAUGUAGCUUUUUGGAUUUAAGGUCUUUUCUUGCAUGGUACUGUCAGAAAUUCACCCUCACUUGCUUUGGCUAGUUAAUGUUCUUAUUUCUUUCAGGCUACAGAUGCUCGUAGGGCUUUUCCUUGCUGGGAUGAGCCGGCCAUCAAGGCAACUUUUGAUAUCUCAUUGGUGGUUCCUAAAGAAAGGGUAGCUUUGUCAAAUAUGGUAAGUGUUACUUAUAAUCUUGGUUUACCUGUGUAUGGGAAAUAGCAUUAUCUGAAUGUUUGACCCAGCAGGGUAAUAAAUGGGCAUCGUAAGGAGGAUAGCUUUCUAAGUAUGUGGUCACUAUUAAUUGAUUAUAUAAACAAAUCAGCACUGUUGCUACAACUGCAUGUGACACAAGCUUCACUAUGGAGAGACCUACUUUAGUAAUGAAUUACCAUUAUGUGUACUUCAACUGUACCAAAUGUCAUUAUCAAACUGUACUCCGGGUUUGGUUUGGUUUUGUUCUGUUUAGUUUGUGUUUAAUAAAAUACAUUUUUUGUUUUGUUAAAAAGUCAGGUGUUUAAUGAAUAAAAUGUAGAUUGAUACUGUAGUUGUGGCAAUGCCGGCAAGAAGAUCUAAGACAAUGGGUUGUAUCGAACACCAUUCGGAGUAGACUGAAAUUAAUGGACAUGGUUAACUUAGAUACAUUAAUUUCAGUGGGUCUAAUAUGAGUAUGAUAAAUUCUUUUUACAGCCAGUUAGGGAUUCUAUUUACAAUAAAGCAGUAUGUAUAUGACUUAAAAACAAACAAAAUAAACCCAAUACUUCUAAGUGUAUUUCUUCUACACUAUUUAUUUAUAUGUGUGUUAGACUCAGUAUGAUAUAAUGUGUGUGCUCAGACUUUAACACCCCGAAAUGGUUUAUUUUCUUACUAGUUAGCUUAUAUGAGUGAACUGUUAAGCUAUCAUUUUCAGAGAAUGAGGAAGUAGAUGGGAAUGACUGUGCAUGAAAGACUGGUGGCUAGAAAGACUGCAUGAGAGACUGAGGCCUUUUGUGGCUUGUUCAUGUAAAGCGAAACCAUGGUUGAUCAUUGUAUAUAAAUAGGCAUGGUGGUUACCUCUGGUAUUAUAUCAUGGUUUGUUGACUUAACCCUAGUUAAAAACUUGAAUGCGUCUUGAAGCAAAUCUUCAAGAGUGCUCCUGAGGAAGAACUUAUUUGGGCUAAAUAAACUUUUUUUUCUUGAGCACCUGGAGGUUCUUUCCUUUUUCCAAGCUAAGCCUGAAGAGCUUGUAUGUCCAUUUAUUGUCUUGCAAGCAGAGGAGCAGGGAAUACUGUCUAUUUCAAAUCAUUAGCUCAGUUCACGUGCCAUAAAUCAUGGUUUGCAAGCCUGUUUAGUGUGGUUCUGAGCAAACCUAGAAUUCUUCGUUUACAGCAACUCUCUAACCAAGGUUGAUGUAGAAAUAAUACUGAACUAUGGUUAACAGCAACCUAGGGGGAAAUGGGUGGGGAGGCAAGAGCAUGCAGGAUAGUAGUUGGCAAUCUAAAUAGUACGAGGAUCAAGAAAUUAAGAUUUUGGUGGUUACGGAGGCUGGAAAUUGUCUUGAUGACCUUUCCUACAUCCCAGCUGCAUUGGUAAUGGGUAAAACAAGAACUGGAGAUGUGGACCCUGUUGCCCCCCCCUUUUUUUUGUAAUGAAGAGCAACUUGGCAGAAAGCAAGGAGAUGGAUAUGAUAGAACAAAAUUAGGGAAACUGCACAGAAAGGAAAAGAGCAGGUUAAUGAGACUCGUUUCACACAUCUGUUUGAUACUGCAAAAUAGCACAGGAAAUACCAGCCCUGAUCUCUCCUGCAAUCUUGUGAAAUCUGGUGGCGCUUCAAAGCCAAUCUAACAAGUCUCUUCCAAACAUCUUUCCUUGGAAAGAAUGUCACUGAUAGGAGGCCCUACCCUGAUGAUGAAAACCUGGUGGAAGUGAAAUUUGCCCGAACUCCUGUGAUGUCAACAUAUCUCGUUGCUUUUGUGGUUGGAGAAUAUGACUUCGUUGAGACCAGGUCCACUGAUGGCGUGUUAGUCCGUGUUUACACUCCAGUUGGCAAAGCAGAACAAGGAAAGUUUGCAUUAGAGGUAAAGCAUGCUUCCAUAUCUUUCAGUAACUUUGACAGUGCCCCUGCUUUUGACUUGAAAUAUUUUAAUAUUAUUUGCACUUUCUUGCUUCAAUUGCUUAGCUGCCAUUCCUGUGUUAAAUUGGAGAAAAUCUGAAAAAAGAAAGAAACUUAGAUGCAUUUGCUUAAUGCAGGGAGCUUAUUGACAAUACACAUGGUUGUUUGAGUGUAAAAGGUCCCAGGUUUAAUCCCUGGCAUCGUCAGGUAAGCCUGAAGAGGACCCAUGUCUGAAACACUGGAGAGCUGCUGGUGGUCAGUGUAGACAAUACACAGUCAAACCUUGGUUUUCAAACAUCUCUGCUGCCGAAUGUUUCGGAAGCCGAAUGCCAAAAACACGGAAGUGAAUGCUUCCGUUUUUUAACGUGCCUUAGAAGUUGAACGGCUUCCGAGGUGUGUUUCUCAAUUUUCCUCAUUGAACUUGCUGACAGCCCUUUGAUCCUCAGUUUCCGAACGUUUUGGAAGUCUAACGGACUUCCAGAACGGAUUACGUUCGAAAACCGAGGUUCCACUGUAUUAGCCUAGAUCAGGCAUAGGCAAACUUGGCCCUCCAGAUGUUUUGGGACUACAACUCCCAUGAUCCCUAGCUAACAGGACCAGUGGUCAGGGAUUAUGGGAAUUGUAGUCACAAAAAACAUCUGGAGGGCCGAAUUUGAGGAAGCCUGGCCUAGAUGAAUUUUGCAUAAGGCCUGACUUGGGCAACUUCUGAUGUUCAUGCUGUGGCAGGGGGAACUUUGUUUUCCAGGCACUGGUUGGAAGUAGGGCAUAUAUUGUCACCUAAGCUGAACAACUUAUGAAUGGUUAGCUCCAUAAUAUUUUAGCGUCACCUAAUUAUUUAGGCUUCAGAGAUUUACAGCUUGUGUGAUUGGGUGGAGCUGGGGAAGAGAUGAAGUGAUAAAUUGUGAACUUUCUGUUAAACUUUUUUUUCCUUAUGGGUAAAACUGUGGAUACACAUACUACUUCAAAUUUGUUUAGGUAUGUCCCUGGGGGCAGAUAAAAUGGCUUUAAGACCUUACCCCUGUCCCCUGGGCAACCAUUAAGUCCUCUUUGGUGCAGGGUUUAGAUAGUUUUGGAAUUUGUUCAGGCCUCUCUUUUUUGCAGAUAUUCAUCAGAACACGUGUGUUCCUUUAUGUAAACAUGUCGCGUGUGUAGAUUUGGCAAAGGUCAGAGUUGACACAGUUUUAACAACAACUGCAGUUGGCUUAGGAGUAAAAGUUAAAGCACAAUGUCUUAAAGUCAGUUAACAGGUCUUCUUCAUUUUGACUUAACACACUAUGCUCUCUAUCAUUUUUCUCCUUUCCCCCCUUAGGUUGCUGCUAAAACGCUGCCUUUUUAUAAGGAUUACUUCAAUGUUCCUUACCCUCUCCCUAAAAUUGAUCUCAUAGCUAUUGCAGACUUUGCAGCUGGUAAAGUAUUUUGUGUUACCUCUGAGUUUUAUUUGAAUUGUAAAACAUUUUAGGAGAUGGUUGUGUGUAUCAAUAUCAAUAAACCUUUGUAUUUAUUUUAUAAAGGUGCCAUGGAGAACUGGGGCCUUGUUACUUAUAGGUAUGCUGUUAAAUACUGUCUUUCCUCCCUUCCGUGUCCUUUGUUGACUAAUUUUUCCACAUUUUAUCAGAUAUAGUGUAGAAAGCUGUAAUGAUUUGGGCUUGUUUGGUAAUUUCCUCAAAAUUAUUUUCCAUUUUGCGCAAGUUGAAGUUUCCACAAAAAUAGGUAUUUGAGCAUAUCCCUCAGAAAAGUAAAGCUUUAUAAAGCCACAAUAUUCAAGAAUAUUACAUUAUUUAAAAAAUGCAGCACCUUUCAUUUAGAUCCUUUGUUUGUAUCUUUUUCCACCCUUCUGUGGCCCAAUGCAGACACAAGCUACAAUCACACAUAAUGCCAACACAAAGUUUAGUAUUCCAUACUUACGGCUCAUAUGCUCUCCUCUUCUGCACUAUCAUGGCCACAAUGACAUUCUAGGCUUUUGCUUCCAUUUUCAAGUAGCCAAUUCCUAUUUCUGUCUGAACACAAGCAAACUAAAGUUUUUUGAAACAAGCCAACUUCAGGCUGUUGUUAGUGAUAUGUGUAUGCCACAGUAAACCAUAGCUAGCACCAACCACAGUUGUCAGUUUAAACAGAACAAGAAAAUGCAUGUAUCUGACAGCAGAAGAAAGUCUUCCAAUCUUCCGUGAUUGAAGAGGGUAGAUGGGGAGCAUACAAGACCGCAUACUCAAACUGUGGUUUUUUGUUGUGUGUGAGCACUACCACUCUCAUAACCGUGGUUACGAUAUCAUAAACAAAUUGCGAGUUGCAUGUUUUCUCCUAUACCUCUUCUCGGAAAUGAACUUACCCUUCUCCUCAACCACAGUUAACUUCGAUUGACAUUGAUGCUCACUAUAUUUGAGGCUAAGCAGGGUUAGCUGAUCAGGAGUUGAAUUCAGAGUUCUAAGUUGGUUUCAAAUGCUGCUUAACCAUAAUCACGGUCAGUAUCAGAACUUCCAUAUUUAACUUAAUUGUGGUCAAGAGCACACCAGUAUUUCGCCCUGCACUCAUUUAGAGAAUGGGAAGUUCACUUUAUUUUCAAGUUGAGCAGGUAAACUUUUGUAGCUGCAAAGUGGAAAAAAAAAUUCUGUAUGUUUUUUGUCCUUUCGGAGAUUCCCAUUUUUAAAAAGUUAUAAGCUCCUUAUGCAAAAAUGCAGGCGUUCAGUGUGCAUUUCAUAAGAUAUACCCUAUUUUUCUGUGUAUAAGACUAGGUUUUUUCCCUAAAAAAUAAUGUCAAAAAUUAGGGUCAAAAAACAUGGAUACAUCCUCUCCCCAUUUUCUUAAAUCUGAGUCCCCAGAAAUAGGGGGCGUCUUAUACAUGGGGGCGUCUUAUAGGUGGAAAAAUACGAUAAUUCUCAAAUAAUUUAGGGGCUGUAUAUGCCUUUAACAAAUUUUCCAGCAAUAAAUCUCCAGAACCACAUGAACCCAUGCAUAUUCUAGCAUUACAUAUAGUGCAUUGAAGAACAGUCUCAUGAGCAGAUUCCUUGAAUAGCCUCCUUCCUUUCAUAUAAAACUGCUUCUAACUUACUACAAAUAUAAAGAGCAGUUGGGGAUUUGGUGCUAGGGCAGCUGACACAAAUUCAUAUGAAAGAUAACGCAUGCCAUUAGGAAUUCUCUAACCAAACUCUCCCUGUCAUCCUUAGCUUGUAGGUGCAUUGAGCAGGGGAGUGAGGGUUGCGGUUGAAGAAAAACUGUAUGUGGGGAUGAGUCUCUGCAUUAUACACUUAGAAAAGAUCUUUGUGCAACUUUUAGUUCAACUUGUAGUUCUAAAGUAGUAUACCAAGUUUUCCUUGCUGCCUAGCGCGCGCGCUCUCUCUCUCUCUCUCACACACACACACACACACACACACACACACGCCAUCUGAUCUAUCUUUGUUGCAUUCCUAACGCCUUCGCCCCAGAUUUAUGGCAGUCUUUGGGCCUGCGCAGAUGCAUUCUUUUUCUCAACCCAUCCUGCUGUUUCCAAAUUGUUUCAAGCUGCCAGGCAAACUCCUCGGGUUUCUUGGGUGGGCCUUACCUUACAGUGAGAACAGAGGGAGGUUUCUUUAUAUCACAACACUCUAGUGCCAUAUCUUUCUGUGGACUGAACCCCAUUCGUCCAGAUUGCCAAUUAUUUUUGAAAUUUUGAAAUCCUUCCCUCUCCCACGCAAAUCAUUGUGACCUUUGGUGGUCUCCAACAUCUUUCCACCAUUGCUGGAAAGUUUGGGCAAAAUGGUUAGUGGUAACUGAGCUCACUGUACCGCCACCUUUCUGAUUUGGUACAGCCAUGGCAAGUGUGCCCUUUAAAAUAUUUUGAUUUAAAAUAACUCUAGCCCAGGUCAUCAGAAGGCAUUUGGUAGGCUAUAAUGACACAAAGUCUCUGACUUCCUCUCCAGUUGCCAUUGUUCCUAUAUCUUUGACCAUUGAAUCACAGCAGUUUCCCCCCUAUGUAGAUACUGUAUUUUUUCUUGACCAGCCAUCCCUCUAAAAGGCUUUCAGGACAAAAGAAAAAAGAAUCAUUUGUUCCUUUCCCACCAUUUCCCAAACUUUCAUUCGUAAAAAGCAUUUCCCAUCUGCCAUUUUUCGAAGUAUUUGUAAAAAACAAUAAAUUUAUAAAAAAUCUGCUGAGUGACUAAAAAUCUAGCCCAGUUUAAUCAGUCAGUGUUAACUGAUUAUUUAAUUGUAGCAGCCCUUGUUACGAUGGCUCUGUGCUAACCAAAUGAAUGUUCAAAUGGAGCAGAUGGAACAUAGUUUGGCCAUUUGCCCAGCCUGUCACUGCUCCCACUGGAAAAAAAGAGGUGUAGACCAGAGACAACUUUGCGAAAUUUUGCAAGGACCAUAAGAGAGCUUUUACUUUUUGUACACAAUCAUGUGAUCAUUGGGUUUGAUUUCCUUUCUCUGCCAGUCUCUCCUUGAAAAAGCCCUUUUAAAAAUUAUUCCCUGGUAGCUAGAUUGAAGUGUCACUAGGAGACUUUGAAACAUAUUGGUGUGGAGUGGUAGUGCCCCUGAGCACAACUCACCUUGUAUCCUUUUUCUGUGUGUCAGUUCUAGAGUAAGCUUUUCUAUUUACUCUGUGUGGCUCAUUUUAAAGAAGUCAUGCCUUGUAGAUCUGUGGCUUCUUCUUUUGCAUCCCUGCGUGCACUGAGCUGAAGGACACAGCAAUAGCAUUAAAAUAAUAAUAAUAAUAAUAAUAAUAAUAAUAAUAAUAAUAAUAGAGCCCACCCUUUUAGCUCGGUCCCUGUUACACAGAGUAUCAGAAUACUGGCACCUAUAUCUCUGGCGUUCAACAUGGCAACUGCAAUCUCAUUAAUGUGGGGCAAAUUUCAAGGCAUCAGGAGGUUACUGUGGAGCAGCCAUGUUAACGCUUUAGCUAAGAGUGGAUAAUGGGGUCCUAAUAAAUAGGUCUGGAGAGUUGCAGAGUUUUAGGAGUUGUAAUGACCUGGAAGCCUCUUUCCAUGCUUUGGUUAUGCCAAUUAGUAAAACAUCCCAAAUCCAAAAAUUCAUUAUAUAAUAGGUCCUUUUGUAGAGAGUUUUUGUUGGUGAACUCUUGCGGGGUUGAACAAAUAGUUGGUAGCUUUGUGAUAAUUUAUGAAAUGAACACAACAAACUGACGUGUAACUGAGGAAAGUUAUUUGCUGAGCUGCCUUUUUUCAGACCAGUUAUUUUUAAAUGAGAUGCAUUUUUGAGGGGUAGGUGUGAUGGUGCUGUCUUCCCUCCUUUCCCUCUGAGGAAAAGUACUCUUUGCUGCAUCCUAGCAGAUAUGAAAUGUUAACCUUGCUGUUUUCACCUAUAAGCAUGAAGCACUCUUGUUUAGAUGAGUUUGAUAGCUUGAUUGAUUUCAAAAAAUGUGCUUUUCUCUCUAAGUCACCUUGCUUCAGUCUCUGUUCUUUCUCAUACACAGGGAAACUGCACUGCUGAUAGAUCCCAAAAACUCCUGUUCCUCCUCCCGCCAAUGGGUGGCUCUCGUCGUGGGCCAUGAACUUGCUCACCAGUGGUUUGGGAACCUUGUGACUAUGGUACAAAAAUUGUAUUUGACUUUCCCUUGCUCUGGGCUUACAUCAAGGUUACUCAGUUCCCCACCUAUUACUUGUCCUGAGUGUAUCUGCUCAUGGUCACAGCAGAUGCCUCAUGUUUUCGUAUGGUACUGCAAGUGUGCAUGUCUGCCUAUGCAGAGUAUUAUUAAGAAAAACAGCAGUAUUGGGGCAUCAGCAGCACCUGGAGAUUUUCAGUAGGUUAGAUGUGGCCCACAGGUUGCCUCAUGAGACACUAUAGGGAGAAGCGUUGUGCACUACCAUUGAACAUUUUGUCUGCUCCCCUCUAGGAUUAGGAUUCACAAUGCCCGGCAAUGCGAAAGUAUGUGCCAUAAUACACAAUAAAGCAUUGAAUUAAAUAAAUAAUAAUAAGGUUAAAACCUCACACUUGCGUUAACUGCUUAACCCAAAUACCAUUAUGAUCCCCCUCACCCAUUGCAAGUCUAGGCAGGUCAGAAACUUCUGAUUUGUGCAAAUCUGCAAAUUCACCAGACUUGCAGAUAUUUUUCAUAAUUCUAAAAUUAGUAUCCAUGGGGAUCUAUGAAGGGAACUGAUCCAUGGGGAGAGGAUCUAUGAAGGGAAGGUGAUCCACACAUUUCCAAGCUUAUCUUUGCAGCUAUACAGUGGUACCUCUGGUUACGUACUUAAUUCGUUCUGGAGGUCCGUUCUUAACCUGAAACUGUUCUUAACCUGAAGUACCACUUUGGCGAAUGGGACCUCCCGCGCUGCCGCUGCGCGAUUUCUGUUCUCAUCCUGAAGCAAAGUUCUUAACCCAAGGUACUAUUUCUGGUUAGCGGAGUCUGUAACCUGAAACAUAUGUAACCUGAAGUGUAUGUAACCCGAGGUACCACUGUAAAGUCUUUUAAAAGUGUGGGGGGCUGAAAUUCUUAGGAUGCUGAGUUAGAUGACAAUUAUACUUCAGUGGUAUUAGUGUAAAAUCACUGAAUACAGACCUAUUUAUAAACUUAACGUUCGAAUCCAAUAAAUAAUAUCCACUUGUGGAAAAGGAUUUUACUCUGUGACGUUUCAGGGUGCUUGUUGAAUUUCCAUAUAUUACAGCAGGAAUAGUGAACCUGUGACCUUCCAGUUUGAUUAUUAUUUAUUUCAUAUGUUUAUAUACCACUUAAUACUAAAUCUCUAAGUGGUUUACAAAUAUUUAUUUAUAUUGUUCGGACUCCCAACUCCAUCAGCGUCAUUCACCAUGGCCAGGUUGAUGAGAUUUGUAGUUCAAUAUUUGGAGGGAUAAAGGUUCUCCAUCCCUGCCUUAAAAGCUAGGGGAAUAGCUUUCUUUUCCUCCUAAUGUCUCCAUAAUCGGUGCCCACAAGAUAAUUUUACUUGCAAAUGAGAGGGAAGUUUAACCUCUUUUCUUUUCAGUUUAAAUUUUGGUACGUCAUUCCCCCCACCCCUUCAUUACUGGCAAGGCCACCUUUCCUCCUUUGUUACAUGACCUCUCCGUUGCUACAGUAGAACUUGUUGAAAUGGAAAAACAUUAUUCACAAAACCAGUGGCAUAUUUUUAGCAGUUGACAUGCCACCAGGGCAGUUGGAAACAUGGCAGAGGCAGCUUUGUGUGACUAACCAGCUCUUCUAUGAAAUGAAGGAGGGACUCUGGAGAGAGCUGACCUUUUCAAUAAACCCAGCCGUACCAAAGCAUGCAGCAGUAUUCACCUGACUCUAUGGGCUUUUCAAAUCCAUUUAUCAAAUCAAAGUAGCUCCCCCCCUUUUUUUAAAAAAAAAAAAAGCCCAGCAACUUGUGUGCCAACUUUUCUUUCUCUUUGCUUGAGUUCAGUACACUAUUUUUGCUUGCAUGUCUGGCAUGGCUAGCUGGUGAUAAGUACAGACACUUUCCACAGAAAGAAAAUGGUUCCAUCACACUUGGUGUGCUAGUGUUAGACUUCAGCAGGCACCCCGGUCCUGAGCUAAUGAGAUUCUUUUCACAGAAAAGGAUGAAAAGGCAUGAGAUGUUGGCCAAUAAUUCUAUUGGUUCUCAAUCCCUAAAUAAAACUCCUGCAUUCUUCUUCCCCAUUACAGUUGCAAAGAUUCUCAAUUGUACUUGAGAAUGUGGCUGCACUGGUAGAUUUUCAUGCACUGUGCGCCUAACAAUAGUGCACAUGGCUCAUGCGGUUCACACUUUAUCCUGUCUCUAUUUGGAAUAGUGUAUGCACCACUUUUUAGCAUGUGAGAUUCAAUGUUCGUACCACAUUAAUCAAGCAGGUAUUAUUGUAAUGUCUAUUUUCGAUUUUGCGGACAAAUGUCUUGCAUUGUCAUCUUUUCUAUUCUUUCAAUUAUGCCUCUUAAAAAAUAAGUAAAUCUAUUUUUCUCCACCCCCUAACUGACUCUGUAUCCCCAAUUAGCAAUAAUCACGCAUCAGGUUAACCUCACGGGCUACAGUACUGCCACUGUGCAAAGCACGGAAAUUUGUCUGGGUUCUAUAAACCAGCAUUCUGAAUUAUACAUGCGUAAAGUUCAUCUAGAGACUGGUUUAAGACCAUAAGAUGGGACAGUUUUUUUAAAAGAUAAGUAGGUCUUGCCCUGGUCUGCAUGGGAGGCUGCCUGUAAGUCACUUAGAAGCUUCUCUGAGUUUCCUUGAAAGAACAACAGAAUAUGUUCAAAUAUUCUGAGAAUUUCAGCUGUUUUUUAAAAAAAUAAAUUAAAAAGCCCAUUUCUAGUAUCUUUGAACAUAGGUUUGAAAGACAACACAUUGAACAUUGAAGUUGGAGGGUGCUAAGAGGGGUGGUAAGGCAGGAUUUUUUAACCCUCUUCCCUUCAGCUGCAAAUCACGUGACCAGCAAUUAUUGCUACGUGGCUCAGUUUGCCUUGCAGGCCUGCAUUCGGCUGACUGACUGCCUAGAUGAAACUUUCAAAGACCACAAAAAUGUGUAAAAGGAGAAUAUUUCCUAGGUGGUGGGAGGGGGGAAUUGAAAAGUGUGGUUAGCGUGGAUUUCAUCAUUGUCCUCACUUGCAUUAAUCCUGGUAAUGCUUCUGAGCAUUGAAGCCCUAGAACUUUACCUUGAAACCUGAUCUACUUGAAGCUGCGGUAGAGUUGGGAAUUUCUGUCCCCCACCCACCCACCCCAACAUCAAAUUCAGAUUGAGUUUAUCUAGAAUUCGGUUAGUUAUUUCUUAUCCACUGGUGGGGUUCAUUCUUACUUGAUACAUUUCAUUCUGCACAGAGAACAGUUACUGUGUUGCAGCUUUCACUUGUAUUGUGUUUCCCAUUUCUGUUAAAAAUCUUAGCCUACUAAACAAAGGCGUUCCUUCAGUGGCUGAUAGAGAAUGUUCCCAUUUGAUUUAUUCCCCACAAUACUGCAGCCAUCUCCCCCCCCCCCCCCCUCCCGGGCUGCUACAGAGAUUUCAUCAAGCGUUGUCUUCCUAGUUUUUAAGGUGUGGGGACUAGAAACUUGCUUUGUAAAGACAUUAUUUUAUAGAAUGCCGAGUUCUGUGUUUUUUCUCCUCGUACACAGAAUUGCACAAUAUUUGUACCUGUUAGUAAGGAGUUCCACAUCUCUAAGAGAAUCAGAGGUUUCAGUGAUGGAGACCUGAGAUCUCAGAGACCAAUGGCAACUCCUUGUCCUUUUAUCUUGAUGCUCUGGUGCUCUGCUUUUAGUAUCAGCAAUUUUCUCAAUUCUUCGUAGGAAUGGUGGACCCAUCUAUGGCUCAAUGAGGGCUUUGCAUCCUGGAUUGAGUACCUCUGUGUGGACCAUUGUUUUCCAGAAUACGAUAUCUGGACACAAUUUGUUUCUGCUGAUUACACACGAGCUCAGGAGCUGGAUGCCUUAGACAACAGUCACCCUAUUGAAGUGAGUGCCAACUGCUGCAAUCAGUGGAGUUUGCAUAUGCUUUGCCGCAUGCUCUCUCAUUGUUAGAAAUUCUUCCUCUGAUAACGGGCUGGGGCGCCGGAGGAAAGCAACCAAGAAUGCUUUAUCUUAGAGACUAAAUGACUAAACACUAAAUGACCUUAACACUGCUUCGUAUAUCUGUAACUGGAGAUGCAAAUCAAAUGUGGUCUCUUCUGAUGCCUUGUUGCCUUUCUCACCCCAGGUCAAUGUGGGCCAUCCAUCUGAAGUUGAUGAAAUAUUUGAUGCAAUCUCUUACAGCAAGGGUGCGUCAGUAAUUCGAAUGCUACAUGACUACGUUGGGGAUGAGGUAAAUCUAUAACUUUACUGCCACUGACAUCUAGGGUAACUGUGGAUGUCCUGUGUUCUUUUAUGUAGAAAGGGUUGUGUGGUAAGGAGCUUGGUGGAUCAAGCAAAGGUCCAUUUAGUCCAGCUUUCAGAUACCUCUGGGAGUUGAGCAGCAAAACAUGAAAGUGGUGGCCUUCUCCUUAGCUUUGUCUUUAGCAUCUGACAUUCAGAUCCUAUCUCUGUAUAUCUCUCUCCUUCCUUGGAGCUUUUUAAGCAGAGGUUGGAUGGCUUUCUGUCAUGGAUGCUGUAGCUGAGAUUCCUGCAUUGCAGGGGGUUGGACUAGAUGACCCUUGGGGUCCCUUCCAGCUCUACAAUUCUAUGAUUCGAUGUUGGUUCCAUUACUCUAUGUGGCUAAUUGUGACCCUUAUUAAUAUUAAAUAUGCUCCAUACAUCUGGACGCAACCCAGGAUCUUUAUUUGCCUUAAGCUGAAAUUCUUACUCUCAAUCACUUUUCGGAAGAUCUGGUUGGUUCCCAGAAUUGGAUUUGGGUCGGUUCCCAAAAUUCUCUGGUGUGUAGAAUCAACACGUGGGGCACAAGAGCAAGUCACAAUUUUACAUGUUAUGUAAAUAGGCACCCUGCAUUCACCUGCUGUCCACGCCUCUUGUUUUUUAUGGCGUAGUAUGUAUGAUUUGAAUUCUAAGUCAAUGCCAGACUUCAUGCUUUUCAAUUUUGUCAUUUUUAAUCAUUAAAAUUAUAUUGAAACUGCCUUGUUAACACUGUUUUAAUCUUCCUUAAUUCAGUAUUCCAAAAAGCUGCUCACAUAUGGCUGUUCUAAAAUUAACCACUUUAAAAGACAUUUGUAAAUGCAUUUUGCAGUGAAAGAAUAAUUAUUAUAGUAUGAAAUGAAAAGCAGAUAAAGGUUUUCAGUACUGAUUUUAAUCAGACUAUCCAUUUAAGUGCCCAAGUGGACUUUGCAAUUACAAGGUUCCUUAUUUUUCAACUAAUGUUUAAAACGUUUUGAAACGUUUUUUGAAUGCUUUUCAACUGGCUUUCAACCAUUAAUGCAUCAGAAUGGUAGCAAAUAGCACAAAAUAUCUGUGAGCAGCAGAAAGGUUAAGUUAAAGUGGUUAGGAGUUGCCACAGGAUUGGAAGGAUCUAAAAAUUGGUAUUGGGGCUUAAUAGUGUAGAGGCUCAAAGCCUAUCUAAAAGUCACAUUAUUUAGUUUCACAUGUUCCAGCACUCUUAAAUUAAGUAGUGAAUUCCUGUUGCAGAAGCUUGUGACUCUGUUCCUCAGCAAUAUGCCAGUUUUAAGGGACUGCCUGCUACUAGAAGAGUGCAAGGAUGGUGCACAAAUUUAAUAUGGGUUUGCCAAAAAAACCCUGUUAGCUCAUGAAAAGGAUAAAUAGUUUGGUGGAAAACAACACGUUACAUUCCAGUCCCAUCCAGUGAUAAGCUAAUUUUGAAGUUGUUUAUAUUAACAAAAUAAAAAUAUUACAUUCACAGGACUUCCGGAAAGGAAUGCACCUCUACCUUACCAAGUUUCAACAUAAGAAUGCAGCUACAGGUAAUUGGCUGUUGUGUUUGUACUCUCUCUUUUGUUGUCCCCUUGUCCCCAGAACAUUACAUUACACAGAGAAGUUGCACCCCCCAGUGAUAAUUUUUUUCUGCCUGAAAUGCAGGGAAGUUCACCAGCAAAGUGUUUCCUAUCAAACUUUAUCUGUAUGAGUGUGUGAUCCUUCUCACAAUACUUUUCUCUGACCAUCUGGAAAUUUGCAGUAGUAAUAGGCUAAAUUUACUUUGGGGGAAACCCAGAUCAGAUUCUGAAUUGGAAACCUGGCUUGUUUAUUUCCUGACCCUGAUCUUCUAUUAAUUCCUCUGCUAACCACCCCCCCCAAAUGAUCAUACAUGAAUUAAAUGUCUGAAAAUCAAUAAUAGACGAUGGAAUGGGAAGAAGCUCAUUUUGCUUUUACUGCUCUUAAUAUAUGUAAUACAGUCGUAUGGUUAGUUCUGUACAGAACAGAGAGCUGAAACUAUACCUCUCUGCCAAGGGAGGGAUUGCACCCUGUUGAUGCUUUUUUGGGUUACUGUUCCAAGUAUUCAGUAGUGUUUCUGACCAUCAAUCUGAAGAGCUGCUUUUGACUUGCUCAAGGACUUGACAUUAUUUAAAGGGAGCUUUGCCUGAACAGCAGAACCUCAAGCCAUAUCACAAAUUGUCAUUUCAUUGUCGCCUCCCAUUUCAAAAGUAGAUUCCCCUGGGGGAUGGAGUCUUUUCCUUCUAACAAGGCAAACCCAAAACUCAAUUGGGUGUUGCAAACAGGUUGUGUGGCUCUUUGCAUUCCAGCUUCUCUUCAAGCAAAAGGAUUUGUGGGGGGAGAGGAGGAAGUUCUGUCAGCAGUUAUUUUCCAUCAGAAUGUAACUGGCAGGUGUAUGGCAACUCAAAGCCAGUUCAGAUGUUAGCUUUUUUCCCCUUUCUUUUUUUGCAACAUUUCAGUAAUUUCCCACUUCCUUGGGAAAUAUAUUGGCUACAGAGAACUGAGGCACAUUGCUACAUUCUCUUGAAAUAAGUGGAAUUUAAGUACUUAACUAAGGGUUUAAAUGUUGUCAGCUUGAACUUGUGCUUUCCCUAACAGAUCUGAGUUGUUUCUUUUGUGCAUUGACAAGUCAUACCCGUACACUGCAGACAGUUUCCGAUUUCUCAGGAACUUGCUAGAACACAAGCAGCCUAGCUGCUUGGACAGAAUUGGGAUUAGGGAAGCCAGAGUGGAACGAUGGGAGUAGGCAGGGAAACAGAAAUGAAGUCUGGGCACACAAACCGCCUCAGAAUGUAAGCUCACAGAAGGGACAAAGAGAAACAAAUGAGAAGCCCAAGUGAGAUCAGGAAGAAGCAUAAUCAAAGAAUUCCUGGCACAAGCUGUGAAGCAGCCUGGCAGCAGCCUAUUUUCUUGCUGACAGACCAGCAUCAAUGAACACUGAACAGCCAAAUAAUUCCAGAAUGUCACUGGCAGUCAGAAAGACAGGACUGAGAAGAGAUUUCUGAUGCACUUCAGAACCCAUACGAGAUGUUCUGGAUUUUGUGGGACUCCUGGCAGUUUUUAAGACCCAUGUUAACAUAAUUCAUUGAUCAGUGCAGGCUUAACUGGUCAUAACUCUGCUGUCUGCAGAUGCAGAAAUAUGCAAAUAUAUUUCAGUUUCAGUUGGCCUAUGGGAAUUAACUGCUGCUUUGCUGUUUUAUUUUCAGUGUUACAUUUGCUUUUUAAUUUAGAUUUUAUAUUGUUUUAAUUGUUGUGAACCUCUAUAAGUAACUUCAGUGUGUAGUGAUACAUUUUAAAUAAAAAACCAAAGCAAUAGCCAGAUCCAUCCUAGUACAGAUGUGUAUUCAUUUCUAAAAGAAAUUUAAAACAAAACCAUUAGUUCCUAAUUAAUCUCUUGAGAGAAAUGAAUGAAAAGUACAAAACUGAAUGGGAGAAGCAAAAUCCUUUAAUUCCCCAGAGGCUCCUGGAGGACAGCCUUUAUGCUGGGAUGCUCUUCCUCUGAUUGAUCAGGCAGGGUCAUGUGUCAAUGCUAUCUUGCAGGGAGGAGUCAUCCCAUAGUUUCCAGACCAUCCCUGUCUUCAGCACUGAACAAAUUCAGUGAGUGGAACACAUGUGGGGUGUUGGUAUUUUUACCUGCUUCCUUUUCCUUGCUUGGAUUGAAUUUUCUUGGUUUUUUUCCUGCAAUUUAACUGGUCCCUCCCCCCAGAUUACUUCUUCCUUGGACUGUUUCAGGGUGCGUUGAUUACUUCCCUCUUUUCAACACCUUCUUGGAUUUCACCUCCCUCUUGCCCACCCCCCUUUAAAGGAAGGGAAACAGGGCAGUGCAAUCCAUUCCCCUUGGGCAGCUUCUAACUGGGAGAAUUCAGAAGCCAGUGAAUCUCCAGCCUGCAGGCAAUUCUCCUAAUAGUUGCUCAGCACACUGCACGGACUGUGCGCCUUUUUAUAGGUCCAAUCCACAGCCUUUGUUUUCACCACAUGCAAAGUACUGACUUCAUCAGGACUACAAGAGAGAGCCACUGGAUUUGAGCCAGCCUAUUUUUCCUGGCUCUGGAGCAGCCAGAAACCAUGUGGAGAAGACCCUGAGAUCAGCAUGCACAUGGCAUUACAUUGCUUAGCAAAGGAUAUAUCAAGGGAAUAUUCUGUAGGAGGCCAGGGAUGAGGUAAUCAUGGAGUCUUUUAAAAGUGGCAAGACAUGAAAACUGUCCAGUCUGAAGCAUAAAGCACUGGGAAGCUUAGAGAAUGGCACCCCAUAAUAGCUUUUGGGAACCCUUUCUGCAAUCUUUGUAAAGCACCUGCAGUUUUCAUGAUAUUUGGGUUUCAUUUAAGAAAUGGAGGCACCAGAAAACAGGCUGGAUCAGCACUGCAUUCAGUGUAGAACCAUAACAAAGAAGAAAUGAAUAAAACAAAUGAAAUAAGACAAUCGUUGUUAGCAUCCGUCUGUCUCAGAAGACAAUGGAGGAGCGAGCCUAUUGGGGUGAAGUCAAAGUGUUGGGAUAAUAAUGAGUGGAAAGCAAAACAUUUUUUCUAAGUGCACAUCCCUAGAAAACAUGGGCCUAGUAAUUUGGGGUGCUGUCAUAGCUUAAAACUGUGAUACCAAAGACAUUUGCAUUGCCGUAAUGAUAACUUUUAUUUCUGGGGUAUUCUCACUGGCUCCAAGUAGGAGGUUUGAAAGUGGCAGCAGCAUUGAGUUGAGAGGGUCCUGAUGCUGCAGCUGUGUGUAGAUUGGUGGUUAGGAAGAUUGGACAAGGGAAGCAAAUCCCCCUGUAGGGUUUCACUCCCUUUCCCCCCAUUGGUUUCAUGGGAGUAAUGGCUGCUUGCCUUGUCAAAAGAAUUUGUUGGAGCUGUGAACAAAUUGUUUGGAAAUUACUCUUUGCAUUAAAAUUAUUUUAAAAUUAUUAACAGCAGUAGAAUUGUAGAGAAUUGUGUGUUGGUAUUAAUGAAACUGCAGCUGCUUACUAGCUGGGGGAGCAUUUUCAUGUGAGUUUUCCCCCCCUUCCACAGAGGAUCUUUGGGAAAGCCUGGAACAAUCGAGUGGUAAACCUAUUGCUGCUGUGAUGAAUACAUGGACCAAGCAAAUGGGGUUUCCACUUGUUUAUGUGGAGGCAGAACAGGUAGGUAUAUUACUUUCUUACUUUUAUUGUGGCUCAGUUGAGACAACAUGCAAAAUGAUUGCGCUUUCAAACAUAGACACAAAUCCCAGUUUGUUUUCCAUCUGCUCGUCACUCCCAUUUCUGUAUUGGAAAGGGCCCUCUGGAACAGCGGCUGUAACUUCUGGCUUGUCAGUUCAAAUAUUAUACCAAACCUUAGUUAGCUUGAAUAGUAUUUUGUGUACACACUAGAAACUCUAGUUUUCUAACUUGGUCACAAACCAUAGUGUGUUAUUGCAGACAUCAUGCCAUUCCGUACUUACGCUUCCUGAACCAUGGUUGAGCUUGAUGCCUGAAUUACGCAUUUUCUGUCAAACACAACACGUGCAUUCACACGUCACCAGCAUCUAAGUUGAAUAAAUGAGUCAAAAUUUCAAAAACAUUGAAUUUACAUGUUCUUACUGUGAUAUUGAAGGCUUCAUAAAAUUUGUGAUAUUUUAGAGAUGGCAAAGGCAGAAAAUGUAUUCCUAAUUGGAAUGGUUGACUAAACUGGAUAGAUUAUGCAAAUAAAGCAGAUUUGCAAGCAGAUUUUCCUAGCAUCACUUGUGGGAGCAACUGAAUUGAUUAGUUAGUGUAGACAUUGGUGAUAAUACUGAUGGUUAUAUACUCUGCACUUAAAAAUCCAAUGAUGGGUAAAUUGUGCAAAUCAAGCUAAUACUAUAUAUUUUUGUGUUGUAUUUCUGGAACAAAUGAGGAAUGAAGAUGCAGGGUACUGAAGCCUCACACCUGGAUUCAGCUACUCCUUCUCUUGCUUAAGCAUUGCUCACAUGAACUUUCAGUAGUUACCUUCAUAGCCAGAAAGUCUUAAAUUCCUAACACUGAAUGCUGCAUCAAAACUACUGAUACAGUUUGGUGCAUCUGUUUACAUGGAUUCAUGGAUUACCAAAAACCUCAGCUCUAGAGUCCCUUGCUGAUUACAAAGUUGGCAAAUUCCUUCUGAGAUGUUCUUUAUUUUUUAUUUAUUAAAAUGCUUGCAUGCCGUAAUUUCAUUUAAAAAUAGCAAAGCGAUUUGCAACGAUUUGCAAUAAAAAACACAUAAAAAUUAAGCCAUUUUCUUCUUUCUUAGAUCUAAUUUAUUUGUAACUUAAAAUCAAUAAAAUACAAAUUUUUAGAAAGAUUAAAAUAGAUCACCAGCUAAUUAUUAAAGAAUUUUUUUUUUUUAAUUGUCCACAUAAGCCUGGUGGCAAAGAAAAGUUUUCAGCAAACUUUUCAGCAAAUAAAGAAUACAUCUGCUGAUUGAGAACAUUCCACAGGGCUGGGCCAAUGAUACCAAAGGUCAGUUUUGUCCUGAUAUCAAAUGAGCCUCACCAAUUUAUUAAACAACCAGUAAUGCUCCUACAGAUUAUUUUAGUCAUUGAAACAUUUCUAUCCUGCUUGUCAGUCCUAGGAUGUCUAUAAAUAAAACAUGAAAACAAUUUAAAUAACACAAAAUCUAGAAUGAGGUUGAGGGGGAGCCAGAUGAGAAAUAUUUUUGCUGCUCUCUAGAAAGCAGUUAUAAUAAGGGAGCCUAGGCAGUACAGCUUUGAAAUGGUUUGUUGCUUAAUUUGGACUUGCCAUUGAAGUCCAUUUGUAAGCUGUACACAAAUUCUGUUUCUCCAUUUGUGGACAGUUCUCCAAAUUCUGAAGUCCAUUUGGAAGAAUGUCCCUAAUUCUGUUUCUCCUGUGCCCCACCCCACCCCUGCAUCUGAUUCCUCUGAGGAAGAAUAGCAGGUGCUAAAGGUGUGAGAUGAAUGAGUUGCUUUCCUAGAAUGCCCUUGCUCCUCCAGUGCUUUGUGCAGCAGACUGUUUUUAACAGUGCAUUGCUGUGAUAACUUUCAAAAUCUUAGAUAAGGAUUUUUUUGUCUGUGUUUGGGGUCUUCCCCACCAAAAAUAACAAGCUUGUAAAUGCAGGAAGGAAACUAUCCUAAAUUGUUACUUGGAGCUGCAACUAAAAACAGAAUGGAUGAAGCAGUAGAGUAGUGGGCAGGAUUUAUGGGAGAGGGUUGAGAAAACAGGACUCGGGUGUGGGAAGAAGAUGGGAAAUGUAAAUGGUGUAGCAAGCCUCAAUUUUCUAAACACUAGAAGAACGCGGGUGGCGUGGUGGGUUAAACCACAGAGCCUAGGACUUGCCGAUCAGAAGGUCGGCGGUUCGAAUCCCCACAACGGGGUGAGCUCCUGCUGCUCGGUCCCUGCUCCUGCCAACCUAGCAGUUCAAAAGCACAUCAAAAGUGCAAGUAGAUAAAUAGGUACCACUCCGGCGGGAAGGUAAACGGCAUUUCCGUGCACUGCUCUGGUUCGCCAGAAGUGGCUUAGUCACACUGGCCACAUGACCCAGAAGCUGUACGUCGGCUCCCUUGGCCAAUAAAGUGAGAUGAGCGCGCAACCCCAGUCGACCACGACUGAACCUAAUGGUCAGGGGUCCCUUUACCUUUACUAGAAGAAUAUCCAUAUUUGUUUUUAAUUAAUGUGACAUUAUAGAACAUUUUCCAAAGUACAAGUACUUACGUAUUCAUUAGACGUAACUCUCUAAAGGGAGCCAGUUUAAGUCCCAUGUUGCAAAUGCUAUUUUGGGGGCAGAAAAAGUGCCUCAUAAGGCUCUCCAGUGAUUUCAUUGCUGGGCUGAGAUUUGCAGCAGGAACUUCCUGUGUCAUGACUCAUGCUCUUAAGGACUGAGACCUAAGCACUAUUCCAAGUUUUGGUAUGACUUUCCUCUAAAACAAUUGUAAUUUAACAUAAAGUCAUAGAGUCAUAUAGUACAACAAUAUGAUAAAUAAAUUUGUGGUGAAAACCAUUCAGCCAUAAAAGUCUAUAUUUUGGUCCUCUAUAUCCCUGAAGUCUUAUUAGCAGCAUUGCAUGAGAGGCUUUGAAUAGUUAUUUAACUGGAGACCCUCAUCCAAACGCAUUUGAUUAUGUCUUCUUAUGUUCAAGGCCUGGGGCCUGAUGUAGAAUUUAAGUUUGUUAAACUGAACCAUGGAUCAGCUUGAGCCAGGGCCACAUUUUGCCAGGCAACCAGACUACCUAAUCUGUCUUGCUAGAAUCUCAUUUGUCCUACUUAACCUGUAGCUACUGAUAACCCAGUCCUGGUUAUGCUAUAUUAUAUGUGAUACAAUACAGUGUCAUAAGAAAACAUGGCAGCUGUGACUGGGGCACCAGAGAUCAUUGGGACCAACAGAAAAAAGGUAUGUGGGAAUGCGAGGGCAACAACAGAGGGGGGUGAGAAUUGGGAAAGAAGUAGCAGCUCAGCAUGUUGGACAUUUGACCAGCCUAAUGUGGCCUGUGAAUUCAAGGAAUGAGGCCUUCAUAGCUGGAUGGGUUCUGGGCAUAUGAUCUUAUUUGAAACCUUUGAAUACUAUUCUUGCCUCUUGUUCUCUACUCCAGCGAGAAGAUGAAAAAGUGUUGAAGCUAGUCCAGAAGAAAUUCUGUGCCAGCGGACCAUAUAGUGGUAAGGCGAUGGCUAAUAGCAGGAGCCAAGCAGCGCACCAUAUUGUACGUGACACCAACCAUUCUGGGAAACAGCACUUGCACUGUCAGUUUCUGCAGGCAGGUGUCCUUUUUAGGAUUUAGAUGUUUGAAAUAACUUGAUCUUUUUUAUAUAUAUAAAAAUGAACUACUAAGCCUGAAGUUCUAGUUUUUCAUUAUUUUCCUUCUUACAGUCUGCAUGUUUUAACUAGGAAGAUUGUAAUCUGCCUUUAAAUUUUCUUUGCAAUGUGUACUCAGUGCCUAUGUGUAUCCAGAACAUUUCUGGAAGGCAGUAGAAAUGGAUUUACACAGUGUUUCCCCCUCCUCCUGCACAUGGAACUCUAGUGGAGAAUGGUUUCAAUAUUGCAGAUACUGCACUCAGCUGCUCCGUUGCCACACAUAUUUGACAAAUCACAUAUUUAGCCUUUGUUAGGCAUGUAGUUGGUAGAUAUCUGAGUGCUUAUUUAUCACAGUUAGAAAGGACAAAAAAAAAAAAAGCUUUUAGCAUUAUCUGUGCUGGACGGCAGAGUCAUCAGUGCACGUAAUCAAGAUACAGCUCCACUUCAGGAAGGAGCCUUUAGUGCAGGAGUAGCUAACCAGUGGACUUCCAUAUUUUGCUGUACUAAAACUCAUUAUCCCUGACCAUUGGCCAUGCUGCUAGGACUGAUUGGAACUGGAGUCCAGUAUGUGGCGGGCCAUGGGUUAGCCACCCCUUCUUCAAAUAGCACCGGAUUACUGAUGCAAGCAGUAAAACCAUGUGUUCCAGGAGAAAGCACAUAACAAAAAGGCAAACAAGCCACUGGCUCCUCCUACGUGAGGAUGCAGAGAUUACUUUCCUGGUGGCAAAUAUAACAGUCAGACGCUGGGUUUGAAAGAGACCUGAAGGAACUUAGAGGAUAUUCUGUUGCUAAUUGUGGUACUCCCUUUCAAGAAGAGAAGUAAGAGAACCCACCUUAUCUUACAGACAAUCCGGUGAAGGAGGCAUAACUAUAUACUCUUAAACUAAGCUAUCUUCACUGUUCCAGAACGUCAUACCUCUCACUAGUUCAAAACAUUCAUUGAUUUUCAAGAUUAUAUUUGCUAACAGUCAGCUUUUAGCCUUAUAUCUGCAGCUAUCUAUAACUGCUUCUAUUUCUACUUACCUUUUUAUUGUGGAGUGUAAUUAUGUCCCUGUUCAACCUUUCUUUUUCUAAGCUGAGCAGAUUAAGCUCUCAUAUUUGUUCCUAGCAAUGUAUUUCCUUCCUAUGACCAUUCUAUUUGCUGCUCUUGAAAAUACAGUAUUUCUUUCAUAUUCAUUACCAGACUGAACGUAAGAGUUCAUCUAAGCAUUCAUGAGCAGAAUUGAAUAGUUUUGUAGAGUUUAUGUAGGAGCAUAUAUUUUCUAAGCUCUUUGUGCAGUUUUCAUUGCUUGAAAACCAUGGUGGUUGAAUAGCUUUAUGAAUAUUUUUCAAAGGAAAGUAAUGAAGAAUUGGAAUGUUUCAUACUUUUCCCAAUCCCAGGAGUAGCUUGCUAAAUGAACUCAGUGGGAUAGCACUGAACUUUCCGUGCUUCUGCUUAAGCAGCUGUUUGCUCAGGUUGACAGAGGCAAGAGCAGCCCUGAGAAAUUUUCACACAUUCUCACACAAACUUAUAACCAUACUGUGUUUCCUCCUCACAUUUGUCUCCCUUCUGUGGAGUUACUUUUAAUAGCUAAACAUUAGAACCAUCUGGGAUGUGUGAAAGGAUAACCAUUCAGUUGUAGCAUUGAUGCAUUGGCACCAGAGCACCCUUGCUUUCCAAGCUGGCUUGCUUAAAAGGGUGCAGGCCUCACUUGAACUGGUACCACACGGUUCUGACUUUUAGCAGGUGUUGCACUGCCUAACCCAAGCCCAAUAUGGCUAAAUGUGUGUGUUUAAAGGAGUAAUUCUUCAUAUAAAUAGUUUGUGCCUAGCUUUUAAUGACACCUCCACCUUCAAAGUGACUGGAAAAAGACAGUCCUUGCCAGCAGUCUUAUAACUCAAAAGACAUAACACUUUAAAGGAAAAGGAUGAGGAGGAAAGAGGGAAAUGAGUAAACUUUGACACCAGUUCCUAGUUUCAUAAUAGUACUUGUAAUGACCCACCGGAAUGGGAACAGCUCAGGGAGUGGAGGAGCCAAAUGGAGUUGCUGUCCCAGCAGAGCUAACAGAGUGGCCACUUCCCAUCUCUCUCUGCUGCAGCCUGAUGAAAUGGCUGCUACCAAGUGACAGAUGAGGAAGGGAGCCAGCAUGUCAGCAGAGCCCAUGGAAUGGUCCCUCAUAUCUCUCCCUCGGUUACAGUCUGCAGGAAGUCAAUCGAUCAUUUCAUUUCAACUGGAGUGCUGAACUUGAGAACUACUGUUCUGAAAUAUAAGUCGUAGAUCUCCAAAGUGUUCUUCAGAUUAUUAUUAUUUGUUUUUUAAAAAGGAACUUAGAUAUUUUCCCUUUGCAGAAUCAUUGCAUUGAUACUAUACAAAUGUGCUGACUUGGAGCAGCUGUGAGUUUAAUGCUAUAAAAGGGGUGUUUCCAUGGGGCCGGGCAGUUUGCCAUACCAUGCCUUGUUCUGUCAGGCAUUCUUCUCUUUUUUCAUAUAGGGGAUGGUAACCCUCUGUGGAUGAUACCCAUCAGCAUCUGUACAAGUGAAGACCCAACCCAUGCCAAAAUGCAAGUGUUGAUGGACAAGCCCGAGUUGACGUUGGUUUUGAAAGACGUGAAGCCAGAGCAGUGGGUGAAGGUGAGCAGAAAGGGGAGACAGUCUUCUGAAUUAACCCGGCAGAUUGUCGAAACAUGGUCAGCACCUUGAUUGGCCAGCACAGUGCUCUAAGAUGCAUCUUCUUGCAGCAUGUUAUGGUCUUGUUACCUUAAAGUUGUGCUGCCUCACAACCCAAACACCAGGACUAUGGAAGUGUCCUGAGUCCUUCUGGCUGAUAAAGUUAUAGUAGCUGCUGUUGUCUGAAAAAGUAGCUAUAAAUCAGAGAUACUAUAUGAACUAAUUUUUAAUUGUGGAUUUCAGAAGAGAAGAUGUGCUUGCUUAUUUAAUUAUUUGAAUGAUUUUAAGGCCAUUCUAUCUAGGUUGCUUACAAACAUAUAACACAUAUCACAAUUACAUUAAAAUAUAAGAGGGCAAAGUUAAUAUAUUAUAAUAUCAAAAAUGCCAGCUAGCAGUAACAGUUAAAACAUCAUUUAGCCCAGCAUAAGCAAAAUCAUUAAAAAAUAAUAAUCUAAUAAUCAGCUGUGAAACCAAUAUUCCAAAAAACUAGCAGGAAUCAUACCAAAAUAAUUUUAAAAUCCAGUUUUACUUACUUCAUAAAAUGUAGUAUGUUGAUUGAGAGAGGGUUUUUUGCAGUCAAUUUUUUUUCUUUUGCAAAGAGGAUUACCAAAAAAAGUUGAAACAAGUAUGUCUUCAAAAUCUUUUUGGUGGCAGGCACAUUACUUGGAUGGAGUUCCAGAAGUAGGAGUCCAUAAUCUUCACUUAAGUUAGAUGUUGCGAACUUAGGAUAUAUCCAUGAACGUGCAAGUUGCUUUGGUUUAUAAUUUUGGAUUGUUAGGCUGUUCCUUCUCUAAGAUGUCAGAGGCUGGGAAAGGAUUGUUGAGACUUGGUGAAUGUUGGCACAGUUAAUAUACAUAUGCAGAUAGGACAAGGACAGUAGUAAUGGAAUUGCUGAAUGAAUGUCACUUGCUAUCAAGGCUGAUUAUUUCUGGCUUUGAAGCUUGCCAUUCUAGUCUCUUUGUUUCCAGGUGAUUCUCCCACAUCCUGGAGGGCAGCAAACUAAGCAUGUUUCAGCAUCCUCCAACAGCACCAAGUAUGAUUAUGUGUACAUACUAUUCAGCAUGGGCACAAGACACAGACUUUCUAAUCCCCUCUUACCUUGUAGCAAUACAGAAAUAAUGAUCUCUCACACCAGAGGUUUUCAAACUUUUUGAAUCCAUGGCUCCCUUGACCAACUACAUCCUUUCUUCGGCACCGCUGUGGGGCUCAGGAGCCCAGUUAUGUCACCCCUUGCUUGCAGAGCUGGCAGCCUCUCACCCUUUUUCAAACACCUUCUCUUGUGGAGUGUUCCAUCAGCCCUCUCUUCUUGGGAGUCCUCCAGGCAGCCACUGCUGCUGUCCCUGGUCUCUGAGCUGCCCCACCCCCACCCCAUAGAGAGGUUCCUCCUCAUACAGGAAGCACCCCCCUGGCCUGCCCCAGAGGCACUAUUCGCCUAUGGAUCUUAUAGCCAGGGCUGCUGCAACAAACAGCUGUGCAAGCCUUUGGGAGGCAGAGACGUGAGAGAUCAUCAGAGGAGGGAUGGAAUGAAAAGGGACAGAGGCCAGUGUUGCUUGCAGCACCCUGACCAUCCUUCAAGGCACCCCAGGGUGCCACAGCACACUGGUUGAAAACCACUGUCUCACACUGAUCUGCCUUGUAGGCGUGUUGCAGUCAGAAGAACCACAAUAUGCUUUCUACAGGGCAAAGCGCUACAGAAAUUAAAAUAGCACUAUGUUUUGCACAGGGACGCGGGUGGCGCUGUGGGUAAAACCUCAGCGCCUAGGACUUGCCGAUCGCAUGGUCGGCAGUUCGAAUCCCUGCGGCGGGGUGAGCUCCCAUCGUUCGGUCCCAGCUCCUGCCCACCUAGCAGUUCGAAAGCACAAUUAAGUGCAAGUAGAUAAAUAGGUACCGCUUUCUAGCGGGAAGGUAAAUGGCGUUCCGUGUGCUGCUCUGGUGCCGGUUUGCCGGAGCAGCUUCGUUACGCUGGCCACGUGACCCGGAAGUGUCUGCGGACAGCGCUGGCUCCUGGCCUCUAGAGUGAGAUGAGCUCACAACCCUAGAGUCUGUCAAGACUGGCCCAUACGGGCAGGGGUACCUUUAUCUUUACCUUUUAUGUUUUGCACAGCAAUAACAGCUACCUGCUGGUAGUAGACAUGCUAAAGGGUCUGCAAAAGGUGACUGGGAUAUUAAUGUGGCUAUUAAGUGCUUGUAAUAAUAAAAUCACUUUAAACAAGACAAAAAUGUGGUCUGCAUGAAGGUGGCGCAUUGCAUCUUGAUCUAAGAGAGCCUUCCAACUACAAGCACUUUGUAAAAGGAAUCCCCUGAGCCUUGUGGGAAGAGCAUCCUCUGCCAUUUCUUUCCAAGCCUAAUUCAGAGUGCUGGUUUUGACCUAUAAAGCCUUGCAGUGUUUGGGAUGUCAGUAUCUUGGGACAACCUUUCCCUGGACCAAGCAAGGUCGCACACCUUUUUGGGGCAAUCCUGUUUUGCACAGUGUUUGAAAGGCUCUUGACAACCAGCUGGUUGUCGGGCAGUUUGAAAGUGGCUCCAGCAGGCUUUGGCCAAGCCCCUGCUCUUACCUGCAGGAUGGGAGGUUUAGGGUGGGUGGACGUGGCUUGCCCAAUUUGGCCUCACAGCCCAAAUGGGCAGCCUGGUGGGCCAGGAUUAUCCUUUAAGUUGGAGGUUCUUCACUCUGGCUAUAAAACUUCAGGACUCUCUUUGAUGAGAGAAGUGAUGCACAAAUCUAAUCAAACUAAACAUGGUCCUUUCCAGUAAGGAAAACUAGCCAUCUUUCUGAUUGUCAGUUUGAUAGUACAAGAACUUUAAUCUCUUCUCUUUUUGAAACUCUUCUCUGUUAAAGCUGACCUUCUGUUGAUGGUAAUUCUCAUUUAUCUUCCUGCACGAAGUACUACCAGUGAUAUAAAAUAAUUGCCUGGUUCUGUUCUCCCUGUUUGACUCAAAUACCGUCAAGGGUAAUUUGGGGACUGUGGGUUUGUUUCUCGGUUGUCUUCUGUAAGCUGCUGACUGAAUUUCUUCAUUCUGUAUUUUCAGCUGAACCUGGGAACGGUAGGGUUUUACCGUACACAAUACAGUUCUGACAUGCUGGAGAGUUUGCUCCCAGCUAUCCGUGACCUCUCCUUACCCCCUGUGGACAGGUUGGGGCUGCAGAAUGAUCUUUUUUCUUUGGUAAGUGAUUGCCAGUCUUCUCUCUUCAUUAACCUGCCCCCGCCCACCCCCCCACUUUUCCUGUGGCAGCAGAUUGCUUCCGUUAUUGUAGAAAUGUCUCCCCAAAGUUAGGUGCUAUUUCUGGAGGUACAGCAUCUACAGCAUACAGUUGCAGUUAAUGAAUUUGGCAUCUUGUUAGUGAGGUGUGAAAGUUUCACCUCAGCGUGAUCAAGCAAAGGCCCUGUAGCCCCAGCUGGUCAUAAUGCUGUUUUCCUGCAAGAGAAUAUUUUACUUUAAGCUAAUAGCCUGAGCAAUGUGUUUAAACUUAGAUAACCAGUAUUCUGAAACAUGAAUAAAUUAUGCAAAUGAGUUAUCAAGUGGAAGGUCCUGAUUUAUGCUUAGUGGUAUUCUGCAAGCCAAGUCUUUAUUUUAUUUUACCUUAUUUUCUACUUUUUUGAAUAGGUGACUCCUUUGUAGUAUCUUGAGCUGCUUUUGAUACCCCCUUCAGUUUCAAAAGCAGUUAGCCAAGUGCUGAGACUGGUUUCAUGUUUCUUUGAAUCCUGACCACUAUGUUUGUUUUGGCUAAUUUUGCAUUAUUUUUUCUGCCGCUUCUGCUUGUGGGGAGGUGCUAUACAGAGCACAGAAGCUCCACUCUGUGAUCUUUGGGUCUCUCGGGAUCUUACUUGAGCAGUGCCUGGCAUUUAGAAGCUGCUUGCUACAGCUACAAGUGCUACUUUGUAGAAAGAGCUGGUGCUGAAUUUUGUGCCUGGUACUAAACUGUGCCCUUAUACAAGCAGUUGCAGAUAUGUGAAAUAAGCACAGCCAUGUCAGUGCCAUAGGUUCCCCACACACCCUGACCUCCUGGUUUCGGGGGGGGGGGUUAUGUGAGAGCGUGUGAAAUGGAAGGAUUUGCAUAACAAAUCUGUGGGUGACUUUCCUUGCUGUGUUUUCCCUUGAGAAACCAGAAUAGAUUGAUUCUGUUAAUUUUAACAAAAAGUUCCAUUGGGUCCUGCAUAGAGAAUGUAGGUUCUUAAGUAACAUGCCUUUUAAAUUUGAGAAUGGUAAAGAGAAUGCAAGAGUGAUUUACUUGGGUGGGUGUAAUGUCUCCCAGUUAAACCAGCGUUUUUUAAACUUACAUAGUCAUUAAGCCUUUUCCUGCACAUAAAUUUAUCUGCUGACAAAUAGUUUUACAGAGGAUUCUGGGGUGCUCACUUAACACAGAGCACUGCUCGGGCCUUUUGAACUUUGCAGUAAUCCUAAAUGAUUUGUGAGUGUGAGCACACUUCUAUGGACUGAGUUCACUAGCUACAAACAUUCACAAAUCGCCGUGGGUGAGGACCUCUGGUAAGAAGGGUCUCCAGCUAAGCUCACUCACACUGAAGUUUGGAGAUAGUAGAAAUGGCAAGAACCACCUUCAUACAACAGUCCAAAUGACAGAAAUACCUACUUCUUUUAGAAGCAUUUUACAUGUCAGAGGACUUGAGAAAGUGGGUUUGGACAGCACAAAUAGAGGCGGUUUAGUUAGGAAGCCAAUAUUUGUACAUGAUAAUAAAUGCAUCUUUUUCAGCCGCUAGAGACUUGAAAGCAUCAUGAAAUCAGCAGAAGUGCAACUUUAUCACUAGACUUUAGUGUUAGGGGCGUAGUGGCACAGUGCACCAAGCUUACCUCUCUACCUUUUCCUAUUGUUGCAGAGGAACAUUGGGAAUGGUGGGCAAGUUGUAGUUUAAGGAUGGUUACUGAUUUCACUGAGAAAUACUUAAGAAGCUUUAGAACCCUAGGCACUCUUGCCUCACAGAGUUAAGCAGUGCCUCUGACACAGGCCAAGCCAAUUCCUGACAAAUGAGUGAGUGUGUGUUAUAGAACAGAUUGCCCAGCAGCAGGUUAUCUGCCACCAAGAUCACAUUGUGGGCAGGGAGCAGCUGGGAUUUCCGUCCAAAAGACCAUCCGGUAGGAAGACAAAAUGGGCAAGGAAAGCCAGGAGCCAGGGUUGAGGAAGAUAGCUCUGCCUAGUCCAGCAUCUUAUAUUCAGUAGUGCCCAGCUAGAUGCUGCUUCUUGGCAGGCCCCCCUGUGGUAUCUUAGGAAUCCUGUGAGGUAGGUUAGACUGAGAGACUGACUGGCCCAAGGUAACCCAGCAAACUUCAUGAAUCCUGGUCUCCCAGAUCUCUCAUGAAUCUGUCUAAUCUCUUUUUAAUGCUAUCUAAGCUAGUGACCAGAAUACCAUCCGCUGGAGGUAAAUUCCAUAAACUAAUUGUGAGUUCUAAAUUCCAUAAACUAAUUCUGAGUGCUACAUUCUUGCAUCUGUUCUGAACCUACUUCAGAGCCAUUUCAUUAGGAGACACCAAAGUGCAGAAUUAUGAGACAGAAGAAAAUUCUGUUUCCCUUUUCACAUUUGUUUCAUAAUUUAUUAAACCUCUUUCAUAUCCCCUUUUAGGGGCUUGAUUUGAUCCCUGUGAAAUUAUAUUGAGCUGGGAACCAAUUGUUUAUAAAUAGAGAAUGAAAUAUCCUGCAAAAGAAAGAAGGCAUGGUUAGUCUUCCAGGCUGGUCACAUGGCUGGAAACCAACUCUGUAUCCCUACUAAAACACACUGAUUCCAGUCCCAUGUGAAGUAGCGCUGUCCUUUCUCUGUCCCUGCCUCCUGCAAAAGGUGCAGUCAACAUCCAGUCUCCAGAUACGAGGAAGAAACACAAAAGAGCUUUCUUUGCGGUAAGCCUUAAUUCAUUUUGGUUUGGGAGAUGAGUGUAACUUGUUUCUUUUCCUCUCUCAGGCCCGAGCUGGAAUUAUUAGCACUGUAGAGGUUCUAAAAGUCAUGGAAGCAUUUGUGAAUGAGCCCAACUAUACCGUAUGGAGCGACCUGAGCUGUAACCUGGGGAUUCUCUCGACUCUCUUGUCCCACACAGACUUCUAUGAGGAGAUCCAGGCGUUCGUCCGUGAUAUAUUUUCACCCAUAGGAGAGAAGCUGGGCUGGGACCCCAGACCUGGCGAGGGUAUGGAAGUUUCUCUGCUGUGAGAUUUCAGCACUAUGAAUCUUUGCCCUGCCAAUUUCACUGUGUCCGAAUAGACUCCCAGAGACUUACAUCAGUGGUGGGGGAACAUUUCAGCCUUUCGGCUUAUCUGUGUGCAGCAGGGGGUCCUGAUUUGGCUCACAAGGAUGUUUUCCCAAAGUCACACCCACCUGUACCACACCUGAGGUUGUAUAUGAAAGCUCCAUUGCUGGAGUUUAGGAAGAGGAAAACUAGCAAGCAUUUUGUAGAAGCCAGGUCACAAACAAAGCUCUGACUCCAAGCCCUGAUUUUUGAUGAACUGAUAAUAUCAUGUCCUUUUCAGUUCAGAUUUUGUGACCCCCCCCCCAAAAAAAAUUCCAGUAAGAAAUGCUGCUAAUCCUUUAAAAAUAAACAUAUUUUCUUGUUUUUUCAUCAGGCCAUCUAGAUGCACUUCUGAGGGGUUUAGUUCUGGGCAAGCUAGGAAAAGCCGGCCAUAAGGCAACCGUGGAAGAAGCUCGGCGCCGGUUUAAGGACCACGUGGAAGGGAAGCACAUCCUCUCUGCUGAUCUGAGAAGUCCUGUAGGUUGCAUUAAGACAUCCUUUUCUCCUUAAAGGAUCUGUAUUCUCUCCCCCACCCCCAUCCUCUGCAUCCCUUGCCUGUGUACAAAUCCUGUCUUUUAUACAGUGUUGAGUAACCAUGUAAGUUUCCUGCAUGGUUGGCCAGUAAGUUUCCUUGAGCAGCUGCUAAAUAUAUCUGUUUAGAAGUUUUUAAUUGUACAAGCAGAACAUAUACUGAUUGCAUGGGGGCAAGUUCAUAUGCUUCCAGUGGUUUCUGAAAUUCCUAGGCAGACUUUGGAGGGGCAGCAGGGUGAAAUCUAAAAGUGAGGAUGCUUUAUAACUGAAUGGUAGUAAAUGUGCUCCUUGAGAAAUUGAUUUUUUAUCGUUUUUAAAUCAUUCUUUCCAGGUAUAUGUAACUGUUUUGAAGCACGGUGACAGUACAACCUUAGACACUAUGCUAAAGGUGAGUGUGUUCUUUGCAUUUCUGUGCAUGAAAAAAUACAGGGAAGAAUCCAUCAAUAAAUGAAUGUGAUGAGCCCUGGUCAGUAAUGCAUUAAUGAUCAAGGGCACAGGUGGUUUGAAUAUUUGGCAUUUUGAUAGUGUGUUCUUUUUUGUUCUGUCCCAUGUGAACAGUAGUUGCCCUUAAUAAUGCUCACUUCAGUUCAGCAGGAGAGAUUUUUAAAUGCUCUUGAACCUCUCCCAUUGAAAUGAAUGGGAUUAAAAAGCCCCAUUUGUUACACAGGUGUGCGCACACAAAUUGAAUUUUUUUAAAAAAAUUUAGUCCUAUGAAUAUUAAUCCUUCAAAAUGGGUAAGAUAUCAGUACCAUAAAUUCAAAUAAAUAUAAAGCCUAGAAGAUUCACAAAGUCCCUGGGAGUGCUGUAAUCAUGUCUACGAAGUUGACAAAAAGAGCUUGCAAGUCAUAACCAAAUGGUUAUUUUUCUGUUGGCGACUUUGAUUUUCUUAAAAACCAUAGAGCAAUGUAGCUUACUAUCCUGGAUUCUGGCCCAUCCCAUUCCAUGGAAAUUGUGCUUUGGGCUAUAAUGGCCUCUGAUCACCUAUUAAUUCCAGUGGCCAUCAAAACACUCCAUAGCAACUGUUUCCACAGGUGGUUCAUGUGCUGGGAGAGCAAAUUGCUUUGCAGUGUUCAGAGGAGGAUGCAAAAGUUUUUUUUAAGAAUGGGUUUUCCCUGAUACUCUUGCACUGUAUGGCACAGCUGUUGACGUUUGCCAUGUUCUGUGUUUCCCCCCAUCUUUUCAAGCUUAAACUCCAGUUGCGUCAGCAUUUUUUCACAGGAAGAUUAAUCAUCCCUCAGAUCAUACUGAGUGGCUUUUAUUAUACCUUGCAGCCAUCUGUAUUUGCUCCUGCAGAAGAGCUCCGAUCUAAGUAACAUGUUACCCCUAUAUAAAGGGUCUGGCCAUGAACACACUUUGAAAAAAGACAAGUAGUUCAGUUAAAUAUAGGUAGCACUGCAGGUUAUUUGGAAAUGGCUCUCAUUUCACCACCGCAUGGAGCUAGGGUGCCUCCUAGUGGCUCUGUUGCCAUAUCAAAUGUGCAGUUAUUCGGAAGUGCGGCCUCUGUUUGACCCCCACUAAACUAAGUGGCAAAUAUUCCUGUGUGGAUUACCCUUUGGCCAUGCUCCCAGAGGCUGAGCAGGUUUGCCAGCGUACCACAUGUCAGGUUUCUAAUUUAGCUUCACUGACUUGAGCUUGAAGCAGAGAGGGUGAUUGCUUGUGGCAGAGAAAGAGCCUUGUCACUUGCUCUGUUUGAUUUCUUUCAGCUCCACAAGCAAGCUGAUAUGCAGGAAGAGAAGAACCGAAUAGAACGUGUACUUGGCGCAAUAUCUCAGCCGGAGUUAAUACAGAAAGUUCUCACUUUUGCACUUUCAGUGAGUAACCAACAAAAUGCUCGGUUGUGUGUGUCCCAUGCAUCGGCAGUUGCAUAAACAUGGAAUUACCGGGUGCCUGUUUUCGAGAUCCUGAGAAUCUUGGUUUACAUUUUUUUACUUUUAUGGCUUCUAUCAUACACAUCAAAAUCAAUGUACAGUGGUACCUUGGUUCUCAAACUUAAUCCGUUUCGGAAGUCAAUUCCAAAACCAAUGCCUUCCAAAACCAAGGCACGCUUUCCCAUAGAAAGUAAUGCAAAAUGGAUUAAUCCAUUCCAGACCUUUAAAAACAAGCCCUAAAACAGCAAUUGAACAUUAAUUUUACUAUCUAACAAGACCAUUGAUCCAUAAAAUGAAGCAAUAAACAAUGUACUGCAGUCGCACAAUCAAUCAAUCAAUCAAUCAGUAGCUGGACUGCGUUCCACACCAUCACAAAAAAGCUACAAAAACGCAAAAUAAAUAGUAAAAACAGACAGACCUCAGUGUAACACUCAAAACGGAAGUGUGGUACUCAAAACGGUGCACGCUUGGCUUCCGAAAAAAGUUCGCAAACUGGAACACUUACUUCUGGGUUUACAGUGUUUGGAUUCCAAGUUGUUUGAGUACCAAGGCGUUUGAGAACCAAGGUACCACUGUACCACAAAUACAUAUUGUAUAUUCCUAAAUGAUUACUGGUAUUCUCACAAGACUCAAAAUCCUCACGCCACAGCACAAGACCUCAUUUUUAAAGAAAAGUUAGUUAACGUUGGCUUGGAACAUAUAUGCACAGCUUGAUGACAAAGAAACCAAAGGGAAAUUGAGCAGCAAUUGGUACAUCACUUGCCCUGCAUAUCUCCCACAGCAAGGAGAAGCCAUAAAAUUAAUGCAAAAUAAGCUGAAAAGAAAGAGACAGAGGGAGGAGCAAUGACACAAAGCUGCGAGAGGUGUAAAGAGUUCAGAGUGAUUGGCCUCCCUGCCCAUGUAUUUUUUCAGAAUUGGAUCACACAUCAGGCGUAUGUUAAUAUCUUCCUCUGGAUCUUUGAAAACUAGCGACUUGUUAAAAUAAAGAAAAUGUGUGUGGGUAGUGGUAGGCUUGCACUAGUAGUUUACUGUGGUUUACUGUUGAGUGUUCCAUUGUAGGCCAGUUCAUGUGUGGCCACUGAUACCUUGGAAGAUUAAUCAGUGGUUGCUGCUGUUUUCCUCUGGGUGCUUGAAAGAGACUGGAUUGCCUAGGAGUAGAAUCUUCAGUCUAAAUGCAGAAAAGUGUGGGAUGCUUGCAGCUUCACAGCACAGGCCCAAAUGACUGAGAAAUAGCAAUAAUUGCAUCUCCUCUGGAAUGGCCAUGUGACCAUUACAGAAUUGAAAUAUUUACUGCUGAAACUGGCUGUGGGAAUAGUCCGUUGCUAUUAGAAUGCCCCCCUGCUCCACAGCAUGGUUGAUUAAUACACAUGGGGCUGCCACCAAAACCAACCGUCCCAUACCAUUCCCCUUCUUCUUCUAACAUCUAGUUAUAGCAGUGAACACAGUGCAACAGUGAGGCCCAAGAGGCCUGGCUAGUACUGCCAUCAAUGGAGGGUGUGUACUGGAAGACUUCUCAGGAUCCUUUGCAACACAGAGAAGCAGGCAAGUCGCUAUGGAGUGAGUUAAAUGAAGCAAGAAUAUCUGAAUGCUGUUUCCCCAGACUAGUUAAGUAGGCAAGCUGGUGCUGCAGCUGCACAUGAUGGCAUCUCUUGGAUGGUGUGUGGGGAACUUAAAUGUGGAUUCAAGGCUGCUAGAAUUACCUGCAAUUUCUUGCUCCGUUUGCAGGAAGAGGUACGUCCUCAAGACACAGUAUCUGUCAUUGGUGGAGUGGCCGGAGGCAGCAAGCAGGGCAGGAAAGCUGCCUGGAAGUUUGUCAGAGACAACUGGGAGGAACUCUAUAAUCGCUACCAAGGAGGGUUCUUAAUAUCCCGGCUAAUAAAGGUGCGCGCACAAAAAGUUUUGACUACAGCAGUCAUUGAAAAUACGAGGCUUUAAAAAGUUCCCUCCCCUCCUGAUUUAUUGUGCAUUCCUUGUUUUUCAGCUAUCGGUGGAUGGAUUUGCAAUUGACAAAAUGGCUGCAGAGGUUAAGGUAAGACAGUCUGAUCUGCAUCUUGGCUGAUGGCAUUGCCAGGGCCUGUGCAUUUAGAGGCCAAGGAAGGGAUGAUAUGCCUGACCUCAUUCCUCUGUGCACACUGUUGGGGCAUCCUCAUUGUGGGAGGGAGUAGGGGCAAGGACAAAUAUAUGUCAGAGCAAGGUAUUCUAGAACUCUCUUUCCUGACUCGGCAUUCUCCCGAUAAAUAAAAUCAAGUGUGCAAAGAAGCCAAACGAUGUGAAUUGAUUUUGUCUUAUGUAAGGGUUGAAUGAUCAAACCCCUAAGCAGGUAGUUGAAGGAAAUUGCCAUGGUUACAAACUUUUGACUUUUUCUUUAAAAACCAUCAGUUUUAAGCACGUUACACUAUAGGGAGAGUUCUUUUCCCCAGGGUUGUGCUGCGGAGGGAUUAAUUGGCUAGCAUAUCACAAUGAAGGGAGCACAGAAUAGUUGGGGUCAUAAACCCCUGUCACUCAAAGUGUUGGGACAUUUAAGUUGCCUGUUGCACUGUUCUACUGCCCAUGGUGGCGGUCACUGAAUUAUACUAGGGUAAAGGUAGGAUUUAACUAUAGCUGUCUCAGAUAACACACAGAAAUACUACUACUACAACAACAACAACAACAACAACAACAACAAAAACAACAACAACAAAUAUUUAUACCCAACAACAACAACAAAUAUUUAUACCCAGCCCAUCUGGCUGGGUUUCCCCUGCCACUUUGGGCGGCUCCCAAUAGAAUAUUAAAAACACAAUAAAACAUCAGACAUUAAAAACUUCCCUAAACAGGGCUGCCUUCAGAUGUCUUCUAAAACUCAGAUAGUUGUUUAUUUCCUUGACAUCUGAUGGGAGGGCAUUCCACAGGGUGGGUGCCACUACCAAGAAGUCCCUCUGCCUUAGUUUGAGUCCAAAUCAGAGAGACAUUUGGAGGCAAUGGCAUUUGGGGUUGUUAUAGUGAUCAAGACCUAGUAAACCUCACGGUCUGUGGAAGUACAUAUUGAAUGUGCUCUACAUAUUGUUCAGCAGUCUGCAAGGCCCCGAUGAACACUGUUCUAACGUUAGCAAAGAUUGAUUUUGCUAAUUAAUUCUGUGUGAAAACUAGCCCCAUACCCACAUUUCUAUGUAGUUUACAUGUCCGGAGAUGGAUGAAUAUAUGCCAGAAUAUAUUUAUCGUUUUGCUGUCCUCUAUACAUCACCUUGGGUACUUGCAGGUGGCGCUGUGGUCUAAACCACUGAGCCUCUUGCGCUUGCCGACCAGAAGGUCAGCUGUUCGAAUCCGCACAGCAGGGUGAGCUCCCAUUGCUCGGUCCCUGCUCCUGCCAACCUAGCAGUUCGAAAGCACACCAGUGUAAGUAGAUAAAUAGGCACCGCUGCGGUGGGAAAGUAGAUGGCUUUUCCGUGCGCUCUGGUUUCCGUCAGUGUCCCGUUGCCCAGGAGCGGUUUAGUCAUGCUGGUCACAUGACCUGGAAUGCUGUCUGUGGACAAAUGCCAGCUCCCUUGGCCUGAAAGCGAGAUGAGUGCCGCAACCCCAUAGUCACCUUUGACUGGACUUAACCGUGCAGGGGUCCUUUACUUUUUUACCUACUUGAAUAAGCAUAAGGACAAUUUAUUGUUACAAAAAAACCCCCAUCUAUGGCUAUAAACUUAACACCUGCCUUUCUCCCUGGGAGUAUAGGAUAUCUUCUCACUGCGGCAACGUAGAAAAAUCAAGACAAUUUUAAGCAGAAACUUGCAAAAGCAUUUAGCUGCCUUAAUGGUAAACAUGCUCUGUGGGUUGUAUCCAGAUACACAUGCCCAACUGAGCAGUCCCUGUUCUUGUAGUUAGGUUCUGCUUUUUUUGCCCACCCUGUAUUUAGAAAAAAAAACCCCACACACACACCCUAAACUUUUAUUUCCUGUGGAACUGAGACCUCUAUCCUAAGAUUCAAACUUAUUAAAAUGACAUAUAUGGAACUCCCAGUGGAUGUUGUUUCGUUUUAUAUAGGCUUUCUUUGAGAGUCACCCAGCUCCGUCAGCUGAGCGCACCAUCCAGCAGUGCUGUGAAAACAUUCUGUUGAACGCUGCAUGGCUGAAGCGCGAUGCCGAAAAUCUCCACCAGUACCUCCUGCAGCGCAAGGCCUCACCGACUGCUGUGUGAGCCCACCCUCACCCACCUCUGACAUCCCAACUGCUGUGGCCCAACUGCCUCGGUGCGAGGAGGAGGAGCUGCUACCCGACAGCUGAAUCAUACGCCAAGGAAAUUGGAGUCUUUUCUCAAACCAAGGGGAUUGGACAAUGAAUGUAGUUAACUGGUUCCUGCUCACACUCCGGAACUAAAUUCUAUUAAAAAAAAUUAUCAACAAUUCAGCAAAAACAGAAACACCCUGUAAAUAUAAUGGUAAUAAAAUAGAGGAUAACAAAACUGUGAAACUUCCUUAAGCCUUGUCAGUGGUCAAAAUAUUUAACACCCCUCCUUUCUUUACACUUACUGAUGAUUUUUUAACCAUCCCUCUCCCAUUUUCUAAAAAAAAAAAGAAGAAGCAGAAGCAGGGAAACCAGUGGUUUCUAGGAAAGUUGAAUUCUGUGGCACGUCGAGGGCAGGAAUAGGUUAAUGCCUCUGAGCACGCCAGAGAGCACACUACAAGACAGCAAAAACAUGUACGUGUUUUGUGUAUUGGUUCAAUAAUGAAAGGCAGCUUGGCGCACAACCCAAUGGGUAGUGCCGAGUUGGGUGUUUCUGGAGAUGUCCUGUAAUCUCAGAUUAUAUUUGAAGGCUUGUAAGAGUCCUGCCCUUCCCAAUCUCUUGUCUCACUACCUUUUGAGGGAAGGAGAAAUCAAAUAUUCUGUCUCUGCCUGCCCCUCUCUUCUUUUGAUUUCAUUUGCUGAUGUCCUUCUUAGAGAUUUAAAUAAAAAAAACUACACAACCCUGUAUGAAAACAUCUUUUUCAGCCACAUAAAAAAAAUAAAAAUAAACAAUUCAUGCCACCUUUUUCUCAUUCUUUAAAUUAUAUCCUCCCACUGCAUGCAAAUAAAGAUUUAGUACUGUGACUGGAUCCUUCUGGGCCGCUGUUAUGGCUGGCCCCCAUUACGCAUAACACUGUAGUUUGUCUGAAAGACUCACCCUGUUUGAAAACCAAAACACCGCCCCUAAAUACCUUGUGACUGCAGCUUUCCAACCCCCCCUUUCUUUGGUGACGUUUGGUAAUUUGAUUCAGAAGCCUUAAAACUUGUACUAGCUGGCAUGAUGAUGAAAUUCUAAGUUGUGUGCCAUCAGUUGCUUACCAGAGUAGCAUGUUCCUGCUAACCAGAUUUCAAACCCGACACCACUCCUCCCACAGACGUUUACAGUUCCCUUUUUUAAAAAGCACCUUUUUAAAAAGGAAUUCAUAUUUGGUGUGGCUUUAACUGUUAUUUCAGAAGGUCAUCAGAUACUAGCUGUCAAACUGCUUCCCUGGAAACACAUUUUUUGUGCUAUUGUUUUAAAAGAAAAACAAAAGGAAAAAAUUCAGACAAGUUGGCGUUAAUAAAAAGGAAAGUCAAUGUGAAACUGAA